UGGAGGCCGACAUGGCGUCCCUGUGUUAGGAAUGCUGGGAUUAAACUGAGUAAUGGGGGCUGACUGCGGCUGUCACUUACCGGGUCAUACCGUGACACUGAUCUGAGGGAGAGAGUCACUGAGUGUUCGCUAAAGACUGAGUGAGAGUGUCACUGAGUGGGAGUUUCACCAAGUGCUCGCUGAAGGCUGAGUGAGUCAGUGAGUGCUCGCUGAAGACUGAGUGAGAGAGACUGAGUGCUCACUGAAGGCUGAGAGAGACUGAGUGCUCCAUGAAGGCUGAGAGAGAGAGGUUGAGUGUUCCCUGAAGGCUGAGAGAGAGAGUGAGUGCUCACUGAAGGCUGAGAGAGAGAGACUGAGUGCUCCAUGAAGGCUGAGAGAGAGAGGUUGAGUGCUCACUGAAGGCUGAGAGAGAGAGGUUGAGUGCUCACUGAAGGCUGAGAGAGAGAAGUUGAGUGCUCACUGAAGGCUGAGAGAGAGAAGUUGAGUGCUCACUGAAGGCUGAGAGAGAGAAGUUGAGUGCUCACUGAAGGCUGAGAGAGAGAGGUUGAGUGCUCACUGAAGGCUGAGAGAGAGAGACUGAGUGCUUACUGAAGGCUGAGAGAGAGAGGUUGAGUGCUCACUGAAGGCUGAGAGAGAGAGACUGAGUGCUCCCUGAAGGCUGAGAGAGAGAGACUGAGUGCUCACUGAAGGCUGAGAGAGAGAGACUGAGUGCUCACUGAAGGCUGAGAGAGAGACUGAGUGCUCACUGAAGGCUGAGAGAGAGAGAGAGAGACUGAGUGCUCGCUGAAGGCUGAGAGAGACUGAGUGCUCGCUGAAGGCUGAGAGAGACUGAGUGCUCGCUGAAGGCUGAGAGAGACUGAGUGCUCACUGAAGGCUGAGAGAGAGAGACUGAGUGCUCACUGAAGGCUGAGAGAGAGAGACUGAGUGCUCACUGAAGGCUGAGAGAGAGAGAGAGGGUGCUCACUGAAGGCUGAGAGAGAGACUGAGUGCUCACUGAAGGCUGAGAGAGAGACUGAGUGCUCACUGAAGGCUGAGAGAGACUGAAUGCUCACUGAAGGCUGAGAGAGAGAGAGACUGAGUGCUCGCUGAGGGAGAGAGAGAGACUGAGUGCUUGCUGAAGGCUGAGUGAGAGUCACUGAGUGCUGGCUGAAGGCUGAGGGAGAGUGUUACUGAGUACUGGCUGAAGGCUGAGGGAGAGUGUUACUGAGUACUGGCUGAAGGCUGAGGGAGAGUGUUAUUGUGUUCUGGCUGCCUAAAAACUGAGUGAGUCACUGAGAUCUGGCUAAAGUGAGUGUGUGGAUUAUCCAAGUGGCUCUGCUGGUGUCUCUGAGUGGGAGCUUGAGUGACAGGUGUAACUGAGUCUUCCCUGCAGACUCUGAGUGACACUUGAGAGAUCCCAGUAAAUUGUAGAAUGUGAGUGUCUGUCACAGAGUGAGGGUUGUAAGUGAGAGCUACUCAGUGUCUGUGAGUGCAAGGAAUACAUUAUGUCCCUGACAGACAUCCCCUCCCCUCCUGCUGUACCCAAACCAUUGAGAAGGAGAGCAGUGGGAAGCCAAAGUAUGGUGUCACUUGGAAGGGACAUUUCAGGUAUGAACAGACUUUGAGCAUGUUGUGACAGGGAUGCAGGGUUUUCUAUUUGCUUUAUUUAUAAAUAUAUCAAUACCUUUAGAUACAAUGCCAUACUUUAUUGUGAGCUACAAACCUCAUCAUCUCAGGUUAGCAAAAUAGUGGGAGUUCUAGUACUCUGCCUUAAUGAAUCCAAGUUGGUUCUCUAAGUGUGAUUUUAAAUGUACAAUUUUUAAAAAAAAUUUCCAAUAAAAUCUUGAAAUGACAGAAAUAAGCUACUCUGGACAAUAUUAGAAUAAAUGAUAGUUCAUAAUUUUGACCGUAGCAUCCUUAAUCCGUGAAAAACAUUGGAAUGGAAAUAUAUUUUGCUAGUACUAUUCAUUAGUGUGUUUAUGUUGAUUUUUUUUUUCCUCUGCCAGUUGCAUGUGCAUUCGCACACUUUCAUUGUUUUUUUAAACCAUUAUAAAAAUUAUCUAAGGAAACUAUUAUGAAACACAUAUUUGUAUGUGUUCAUUCGCAAAACAGUUAAAGUGGUUAACUGAAAGCGGUAUUUUUCAAUUAAAUGUAUUCUCUAUUUCAUGAGUUCCAGGUUAAAAGGAAAUGUCAAUUCAAGGGUUUUUAAUAUUUAGUUUAACCCUUAUAUUUAUUAAAUAUCUGUUUGUACGGUGCGAAAAAUGUGUUCAAAUCCAAAUGGUACAGUGGCAAUUCAUGGGGCAAGAUGUAACGGUAAUUGCCCUCUAUAUACUCAAGAGGAGGCACGUCAUACAUGGAAAUCUAAACACACAAGACAAAACACAUUAAGAGAAACUCUAAACAACAAAUCCACAUUUUCCUGCAUUCUUUUUGUUGCAUAGCUGAUGUCUGCUUUCUCUGGCAAUGUAUUACUUUUCUAAGAAAUGGCAAUGUUUACAACUGGCCAAGAACGCACCUCUAAUGGCUAUAUAACAGCCAAUGGAAGCACUUCCUCCUGUCCCCCCUAACCCUAUGAUGUUAAAAACAUUAUAUAGUCUCACUAAAUAUAGUAAAAAUCUAACCUUUAUUCCAGUCUGCUGGUGCUGGCUCUGCCCCUGAUCUGUCUCCUUUGCUGACAUCAUCAGAAGUGAUGAUCUCAGUCAAUCACAAUGCUUUGACACAGAAAUGGAUUGGAUUGGCUGAGAUUGUUCUCUGAACAUUCUGAACAUCUUAGCCAAGGAGGUGGGCUGGGGGUGGAGCCAAUUCUGAACAUCUUAGCCAAGGAGGUAGGCUGGGGGCGGAGCAGCACCAAUCAGCAUCUCCUCAUACAGAUGCAUUGAAUCAAUACAUCUCCAUGAGGAAAGUUCAGUGUUUCCAUGCAGAGUGUAGAGACACUGAAUGCCAGUGCUGCACAGUGGAAGCACCUCUAGUAGCCAUCUGAGGAAUGACCACUGGAGGUGGUCUGAAAAGACAGUGUGUACUUGAAAAAGCCUGCAUAGACUAUAUUCACCAGAACUACAUUAAUCUGUAAUUGUUCUGGUGAAUAGAGUGUCCCUUUAGGAGCUUCAGUUUUAAAAUGUCUCCAUGUUCAAUGUGAUCAGAAACAGCAUGAUGAUGCUAAUGCUACCCAUACAGAAGCAUUGGAUUCACUGUUACUCUAUGACAGCGUUUCCCAAUUGGUGUUCUGCGGAACACUAGGGUUCCGCAAGAACACAAAUUUAGUUCUGCCAAAAUUUCUAAAAACAUAAUAGCCACGGGCGGCGAGGGAGCAGUGGGCAGUGAUGCUGGAUCCGGAAUAUGACAUGCUAAGAGGUGUGCGAGGGAGCUGAGCAGGGAAAUCACUACUCCUUCGCCGCUCAGCAGCCACACUGGAACCCCUGCUCUAUGAAAAGCUUUGGAUUGGCGAAGUAUGGACAUUCCCAAGCAUGCACUGUAAAACCUCAGUUCUUCUAUAUGAAAUGCAGUGAAUUGGACCUGAGAUCAUCAUGGUCAAUUCUCUACCAUUUAGGAGUUAAAUUGUUUCCUGAAAAGUCUAGCAAGAUAUUAACAGUGCAGAAGCUAAGAAAUUCUAUAUUAAACAAACUGUGCAAUAAAGGAAAUUCUCUCUUUACAAGAAGUGGUAUGACUACUGCAUAAACAAAGUGAUUUAACUCCUAAAUGGCAGAGAAUUCAGCAGUGAGACUGCAGGGGCAUUAUUUAUCCAAGCAAAAGUUGUUUUGGUGACUAUGGUGUCCCUCAAAUCUCACAAUAGGAUGUGAGGCUGCAAGGUCAAUUGUUUGCUGGUGCUAUUUAAUGUUUUUGUUGGGGGAGGGUUUAAAACAAAGUGAGUGUUCUGACUUUAAACACAGUAAAGAACACAUCUAACUUUAAAAAAAUAUAUAUAUUUAUUUUUAAAGGGACACUAUAGUCACCAGAACAACUAUAGCUUAUUGCAUUUGUUCUGGUGAGUAGAAUCAUUGCCUUCAGGCCUUUUGCUGUAAACACUGUCUUUUCAGAGAAAAUACAGUGUUUAUAUUACAGCCUAGUGAUAACUUCACUGGCCACUCCUGCCUAAAAUGCAUCCAAACAUUCAGUAUCGCCUCCCUUUGCAUUCAGACACUGAACUUUCCUCAUAGAGAUUCAUUGAUUUAAAUCAUCUCUAUGAGGAGAUGCUGAUUGGCCAGGGCUGUGUUUGAAUUGUGCUGGCUCUGCCCAGUGGGGGAUCUAGAGCCUGAUCUCGGGAGGGGCACUUGUAGAUUAUUUAAAGAAAUAAUCCAGACACAAUAACCACUACAGCUCAGUGUAGUGGUUAUGGUGUCAAUAGUGCCAGGACCCCCUCCCAGAGUAAGUAGUCAAACCGCUUAAGAACAGUUUGACAACUUACCUGAGGUCUGCUGGGAAAUGGGGCAGUAGUAGGGCAUAGGAGCAGUGGUGUGUGUGAGUGGUGCAAUGUGUGUGUGUGUGUGUGGGACACUGUGUGAGCAGUGUGUAUGUGUGGGACAGUAUGUGUGUGUAACAGUUGCAGUGUGUGUGUGUGUGUGUGAGUAUUGCAGUGUAUGUGUGAGUGUGGGCAAUGUGUGUGUAUGGGGAGAAAUGUGUGUGUAUGGGGAGCAAUGUGUGUAUCGGGUAGAGUGUGUGUGUAUGGGGAGCAGUAUGUGUGGAUGGGGGGCAGUGUGUGUGUAUGGGGGGCAGUAUGGGGAGCAGUGUGUGUGUAUGGGGGGCAGUGUACGUGUGAUAAGGGUAGGGGGGAUUUUUUUUAUAAUAUAUAUAUAUAUAUAUAUAUAUAUAUAUAUAUAUAUAUAUAAAUUUAAUUAAAAUAUAUAUUUAUGUCCCCCCUCCCUUCUUACCUUUACUGGAGGGUAACCUCGGCAACUUUCCAAAUCUCGUGAGAGGAGCUCCCGGGUCCUCUCUCCUCCCUCCCUCCCCCGCCGGCUGUCAGCACGGUGCCUGCGGACUGGGGAGGGAGAUCUGUGAUCUCCCCUCCGGUCCGCAGGCACAUUGCAGGGCUGGCGCCUGCAUGUGCUGGCAGGGGAGAGGGAGACCGUCGGUAUUCUCGGGGGGGGGGGGCAAUUGCCCCGUUGGCCCCCCCCGGAUCCGCCACUGGCUCUGCCCGUGAUCUGCCUCCUUGUCAGUCUCAGCCAAUCCUAUGGGGAAGCAUUGUGAUUGGAUCAGGCUACCACUUCUUCUGAUGUCAGCAGGCACUGGGCAGGUCUAAAGGAAACAGGGACAAACUAUGCAACUGGAGAAGUGAAUACAAGUACGUUUUACUAUUUUUAGGGAGGCAUGAGUGGGUCAGGAGCGCUAGAUGGUGGUUUUAAUCCUAUAGGAUCAGGAAUACAUGUUUGUGUUCCUGACCCUAUAGUGCUCCUUUAAAGUUCAAGUGUUCUUUUAACCCAGAAUGCUUUGAAAGAAACCCAACUUAACAUACCUCUUCUUAGAGAGACUUGACAGACCCUCAAUCCAUGUAUCAAGUAUAACCGUCAAUAUUGUAAUACAAGAUAUCAUCUUUUUACUUGACAUUGGUUCUAUAUUUUAUCACAACUGUGAACUCUGCCUUGACCUUUGUAUCUGAUUGUUCUUACUACAGUAUUUGAAAAUGUACAAAUAAAGAAUAUUAAAAAAACACAAAAACUUUAAUUCCAUUGUGGCAGCUGGGAAAUGAAUCCUCAACUUUAAAAGACCACUCCAACGUUAGAAGGAACUAUAUUUCUGUCGGAGGGAUUGUUUUGACAUUUAGAUUACCGGGCUCCCACAGUGUCCUACAAAAGAAGUAACCUCUAAUCCAGUGGGAACAGGAUCACCUUGCUGCAGCUCCACUUUGCUUACCUGGAGAUCAUCACUAGUGAAAAGCCACCAAUGUUUUUUCAUAGAAACCCCAUUUCAGCAUUAGGGGUUUGAAAUCUUUCUUUAAUACAAGUCACUUACACCUUCCUGCUUCAUCACUGAAGGCCAAUGUGCUGGCCGGGCAGUUCUAUCCAAUUACAAAGUUUGAUUAAUGUCACAUUGUGUUUAUGAGUAAUUCAGUUGCUUUUAAGCUUAUGUUAUUUGUUUUAUUUUUUCAGAAGACCACAAUUAAUUACUCAAAUACAGGUUGUGAAUGUGGUAACCAUAGUACACUUUGCACCAGAAUUACCUUUAGUAAAUAUCUGAAUUUGUUUGUUUGUCCUUUUUUGCAUUUCAAAUUAAAGCUAAAAUGAAGAAAGAGCACAAUAAGUUCAAUAUUGUUACAUCUCUAUAGUAAACAUGUCUUUAAAAAAUCAAAUGCAAAUCGUAUGUUCUCUUUCAGUAAAUAAAAUGUAGAUUUAUACCGCUAUACCAAUCUGAAAAUUUAUUUUAUUUUGCAAUUCAAAGAAGUACAGGGCAAUGAUCUUGCAUUGGAGAAAUUCCAGCAUUUUUCACCACGUCUGCAGUGUGACUACAUCCCUGAUGAAAUUGUACAAGUUCUGUCCUCUACUGCACUUCCAAUUGACAGAUCUGAUCAGGAUGGCGCCAAGAGACCUAAAGAUGCAAAGGUAUAUAUAAAACGCAAUGCUAUAAUAAUAAAAUCAGUUGAUGAUUUUGUUUUAUUUCUCUUUAUUCAGGACAUAUUAGAUUUUACAGGAUCAUGGAAGCCAUGACGUUUAUUUACAAUAUAAAACUUGUUCUGUUGUUUUGGUUUUAUACUAAUAAUAAAAAUCAAAUACCUUUUAGGCCUGAAGCCCUAUGAGUUUGUUGACCUAAAAUUCCCAUGAUCUCUAGCUAUUUGUAAAUUGACAGAUAAUUAUGGAGGUUGUAGGUUAAUAUCAUCUGUGGGUCUGCAGUUCAACUCCCCUGCUUUAUACACUAAACACCAAAUUGUUGUGCAUUAAAGGUAUACUAUAGUGCCAGGAAUACAAAGCUGUAUUCCUGGCACUAUCGCUCCCUGUGCCUCCACCCUCCCUCACACCCCUUCCCCCACCCCUCACAGGUCAAUAAAGGGUUACAAACCCUUUAUUUACUUACCUGAUCCUAGCGCCAAUGUCCCUCGGCGCUGGACCGACGCUCCGCUACCCUCCGACAUCCCAUGAUGAGUGGGCUCUAAUGCCCACGCGCAGUAAAUUUUGCGCUCAAGUUAGACCUCCCCAUCAAUGCCUUCAUAUGGGUAAAAAUCUGACCCAGGGUGUCCUCAUGCAGAGCGCUCUGCAUGAGGACAUCCAGCGCCAGAUACCAGACCAAAUGUCUGUUUCAAUUCAAAAAGCCCUCUAGUGGCUGCCUGGUUGACAGCCACUGUGGGCAGACUUAGAGCUGCAAUGUAAACAUUGUAGUUUCUCUGGAACAGCAAUGUUUAACAUUGCAGCACUAAGUGCAAUAGAGACACUGCACCCAGACCACUUCAACAAACUGUUGGCCCAUCCUGGUGGCCUGCAAUAACAAUGCUUUCCAGGACUGUAAUGGUAAACUGAAAUAUUUCCUAGUGGGCUUCAGGAUCUGAGGUUGGCCAGACUGACAGAUUAUAAAAGACUGCCAAUGGGCGGACUCACCUGACAAGCUUCCCUUUCUUGGAGGUUAAUGGCAGGUCAGCCAGGUGUCAAUACACACCAGACUGUCGGUCCAUCACUCAGGCCAGUCCACUGAGGGAAGAACAUACAGGUAGCACUGUUACAGUGCAUCUAAUGAUAUGCUCGUACCAUGAAUGUUGGAGACAGCGGGAACACCAGGGAACUAAGGCAGAACGAUGGGACAAAAUGCAAAAAUUGGGACUGUACUGCCAAAAUCUGGAUGGUCGGGAGGCAUGCAGUGGUCAUGACAUGCAUAAAGCAUUUGGUCUGUGAUUGGUGGCAGUGGAGUCGCAGGAAACAGUGUGUGUGCCUAUUGUGUAUGUUCAGUCAUGCUGAACAGGUCAUAUGUAUUGAGUUUGCAGGGUUAUGUUAUGUCACAACUCACAACUCUAAAAGUCUUCAUUUAUCAGAUCCACAUACUGUAUUGCUCCACAUAACUAGGACUAUCCACACAUAUCUGUCAGUUUUGUGCAAAGUAGGCCGUUCAUUUGUACUUGCCUCUCAGGCCAAAAGUUAUCAGCCCACCAUUGAUCCCUGACUGAUAGAGGGACUAAUAUGGGUUGUUGCUGCACAGGGAAGGGGAUAAAGUGACAUGGGCAAUGGAAAACUAUUCAGGUACUAUUAAACUACUUGGGUUUUUGUAUGAUUUCUUCUUUCUGUUGAGAGAUCACUUUGCAGUGUUAAAGGGACACUCUACUGCCCAAAUAAAAAAAAAUCACUGUUUAGUAGGUAUCCCCCCAUGAAAAUCAUAGUCAUUUAAUUAUGCAUUUUUUCAUCGGUGGUAUAUCUAAAAACAGCUUGCAAAAGCUGCAGUUCUCUUGUCUGUUGCCAUUGCAUUCUGUGGGAGUCCAGUGCCCGACUUCUCAAUGCAGCCUAAGGUAGGGGCUGUGAGAAAUCACCUGCCUCUUGAUUUUAGCUCCACUGAGCUGAACAAAAACAACCAGUUAUCUGACUGAAAGCCAUGGGGAUGUAACAAGGUUAAUUUAUAAAAGUAACAAUUUCUAUAGAAUCUGCACUUUUUGCAAAAUUUAAAAAGAGGAUAUACUCUUUACACAUACAGCACUUCAGCAAGCUAACAUGUUUUAGGGGUCCGGAGUGUCCCUUUAAAGACCAAUUGUCUUGUACACCCCAUCAUUUAAAGUGCUGCAUAUACUUAUGGAAAGGGAGGCAUUUGUGAUGUUUUAAGAAGCAUAUCAAUAGGUCAUUAGGAAGGUCAUUUUGGUAGUUAGUGUAUUUAUAACAAUUUGUUUCUUUCUCAGGUCUGCCUGCGUUCCACUGACCCGCUCUGGAGCCACCCAUCUCGCAGGACCAAGUUUAAGCACUUGAUAGACCAGCCCGUUUGUUCAACAGGAGCAGGCCGGUAAGCUGCAGGACACAUUGCUGAAACUGAAUUCCUGGAAUGCCACUGUGACUUGUGACUUGACUGUUCUGAUCUCCCACAUGGGAGUACUUUGUAAUUCAUUUCCAUUAUCAUAACAUGCAGACUGUCUGUUUAGUUGGUCUCCAGAUGAUCAGUCAUGUUGCUUAUUUUCUGGACUCAAAAGCUUUUUAUUUAAAUAGCUGAGACAUGGAAGAUAACAAUUCUUCAAGGAUUACAUGAGAUCACAGUUUCUUAAAAUUAUUUUAUAUCUAAUUUUUACCAUUUUUUUCUCCAGCUUCAAAGUAUAUACGCAACGCAAUGGAUCUUAUUAUACUGCUUUAUUUCUCUACAAGCAAUGUAACAAAGUGUAAUUAAAGGGACACUAUAGGGUCAGAAACACAUAUAUUCCUGACCCUAUAAUGUUAAAAACACCAUCUAGCCCCCUUGGCCCUUUGCCCCUCUAAAUAUAGUAAACUCUUACCUUUAUUCUAGUCUGCUGCCUCUGCCCCUCAUCUGCCUUCUUGGCUGACAUCAUCAGAAGUGAUGAUCCUUUAGGAAAGCAUUGGAUUGACUGAGCUUGUCCAGGAGGCAGAUAAAGGGCAUAGGCAGCACAAGCCAAACACAGCUCUGGCCAAUCAGCAUCUCCUCAUAGAGAUGCAUUGAAUCAAUGCAUUUCUAUGAUUAAAUUCAGUGUCUCCACGUAGAGGGUGGAGACAAUGAAUGGCAGUGCUGCACAAUGUUUUGCACUUUCCCAGGAAGCACCUCUAGCAGCCAUCUGAAGAGUGGCCACUGGAGGUAUAUCUAGGGUUUAAUGUAAACACUGCCUUUUCUCUGAAAAAAGAAGUGUUUACAGCAAAAAGCCUGAAGGUAAUGAUUAUACUCACCAGAGCAAAUACAAUAAGCUGUAGUUGUUCUGGUGACUAGUGUCCCUUUAAGAUUGUCUGGAGUUUCAGUUCUAAUCUACUUCUACCAAUGUAGUUUUAUUAAAGGGUUUAUUGCAUGCUGUAAAGAUUUAAUACAAAACCUAAAUUAACAUGAUUUAUUUUACAUUAUUAAAAAUAUUAUUUGUCAGAUGAACCACUAGAUUUUGUGGUGGUGGAGGCUCAUUGCUGGUGGUCCAGUGAAUGGGAAAAUGAGGAAUUCCGGGCUCAGUUUCCAGUGUCUUAGCUUUCUUGCAUUGUUUUUUUUUCUGAGUCUGUAUGCAGUGGGACAAGCAGAGACACUGAGUGCUUAACUGUCAUGCUCAUUUCAAUGCACUAGCUGGUAUUUCCGGAGAAUACUUCGGGGGCGGACUACAAUCAGACUCUAAUAGUAGGGAGGGGUGAAGCACUUACACAUGGAUCUUGGUGGGGAUGCAACCUCAUCCUCUUUUCCUAAUUUGUGAAUAUAAUCUCUAUAUUUUACCAAGGGAUCAUACUUGUUCAACCUACCUGCAUUAUCCUCCUUGAACUGACACAUGGUUACUGUUUUUCUGGUGUCUCCUUGACGGGGUCCCUACUUCCAGUUAUAUAUAUAUAAUGUAUUCUUUCUUUUUGUUUAUCUUGUUUAAGUGAAGUCGGUCAUCUCUAGGGUAUUCAGAAAUGUAACCCCGACACCAGUACUGCUGCUGACACACUGCAUAGUUUCCAAUAAAAAAAUGGAAUAGUGAAUAACCUUGUCAGAGUCUCUUGCAAUCAUCCUGGGGAAAAGUGUAUACUUCUAGCUUUUUCAGGAUAUGUUAUUGAUGCUUUUAGUAUGGCAGGUGGAGUGUUCACACAAUCUUUAAAGCUGGAGUCUCAAAGUAAUUUUACCUGGGGACCUCUAGCCAAGUUUACUUUACCAUAAGGGCCGCAGAUCCAUACUGUCAGAUUUGUGCCUAUACAUGCAAAUCAGUUCUCCAGUACACACAGACACAUAGCUACGCAUUCACACACACCACACACACACAACUACACACUCACAUACAUUGUUAAACAAGGCUGCUCAGCCUUGUCAUCCACAGCAAAUAAGAACAUGAUCGUAGCCCUGAUAAAGUCCAGGCCACCAGCAACCCAGGGCUUAGACAUACCUCUAUUCCAGGAUAGGUGGACUGGGUAUUUAGGGGGCUGGUUAUUUGUGAACUCUACUCUACAUCAUUAAUAUUUCUCUUCCAGGGACAUUUCAUUCCUCUGUGAUGCUUUACAUAUAAAAAAGAACAGCAAAGAAAGCAAAUCUGUGCAGCCAACAGACCGAAAAAACACAUCCCCUCGACCUACAGUGAGUGCCUGUUUCCUCUAUCUAAACUACCUCAACAAUAAUGAAUCAAUAUAUCUGUUAAACGGAAACUCCAGAUCCGAAAGCACUUUAGCUUGCUGUAAAGUUUUAUGAGUGAAGAGUGUGUCCUCUUUUUUUCCAUUUUGCAAAAAAUGCAGAUUUCUAUUGAAAUUGACAGUUUUAAAAAUGAACCUAGUUACACCCCCCUGACUUUCAUGCAGACAGCAGGUAAUGUUACUUCCUGGUUUGGUUAGCUAAAUUGAGCUAACCUCAAGAGGCAACAAUUGCUCAGAGCACCUGACUUUCAAAUACUUCUCAUUAAGCUGCAUUGGGACGUCUGUGAUUGGACAGCAACAGAAAGUCAGACUUUGAGGGCUAUAAAGUGUUUACUUUUCAAGCUUCCAAAGAGCUCACGUCUAAAUUCAUGCCUUGCAAUCUAUAUUUACGAAUUCUUCAUAGUGUAGCAGCCUUAUAGCGCCAAUAUUGUCAGACAUCAUUACACUAGAUUGCUUUGCUCGUUGCUGUAAUUACAUCGUUUUUUCCUAUGAUGUAAAAAGUAAAGCCAAAUAAGUCGAUAGGGCCUGAUGGAAUACAUCGAAAGUUAUUAAAAGAGAUUAGUGAUGUACUAGCAAAACCAUUAACAUAUUUAUUUAACCAAUCAUUAACAGGAGCAGUCCCAGAAAAUUAGAAAUUAGCGAAUGUUGUGCCCAUUCACAAGAAAGGUAGUAGGGAGGAGUCGGGCAACUAUAAGCCAGUAAGCCUUACUUCAGUAGUGGGGAAAGAAACCAUGUGAAAAGAUUGGAUUGUUGAACAUCUAACAUCACAUGGAUUUCAAUAUCAGAGACAACAUAGGUUUACUUCAGGGAGAUCAUGCCAAACUAAUCUUAAUGAUUUUUUUUUGAUUGGGUAACUAAAAUAAUAGAUCAGGGUGGUGCAGUACACAUUGCUUACCUAGAUUUAAAUAAGGCUUUUGACACUGUUGCACAUAGAAGACUUAUCAAUAAAAUGCAAUCUUUAAGUUUGGAUUCCAAUAUUGUUGAAUGGGUCAGGCAGUGGCAGUGGCUGAGUGACAGGCAACAGAGGGUUGCAGUCAAUGGAGUAUAUUCGAAGCAUGGUCUUGUCACCAGUGGGGUACCUCAGGGAUCUGUACUUGGACCCAUUCUCUUUAAUAUUUUUAUUAGUGGUAUUGCAGAAGGUCUUGAUGGUAAGGUAUGUCUUUUUGCUGAUGAUACAAAAAUAUGUAACAGGUUUGAUGUUCCAGAAGGGAUAAGCCAAAUGUCAAAUGAGUUAGGUAAACUAGAAAAAUGGUCAGAGCUGUGGCAACUGACAUUUAAUGUGGAUAAGUGCAAGAUAAUGGAUCUUGGACGUAAAAACCCAAAGGCAGAGUAUAUAAUAUUUGAUAGUCCUAAUCUCAACAUCUGAGGAAAGAGAUUUAGGGGUAAUCAUUUCAAACUUAAAGGUAGGCAGACAGUGUAACAGAGCAGCUGGAUAUGCUAGCAGAAUGCUUGGUUGUAUAGGGAGAGGUAUACCUCAUCCAAAUGUACCAGUUUCGGGAUUCUUUGUGGUCAAAGAUUAAGCGUACUGGCUCUAUGAAUGAUCACCGUGCAUAUAGACAAUGGCGAAAUAUAUGCACAAAACAAACAAAAUUGGCCAAGGCCCAAUAUUUGUGUGAAAAUCUGAACAAUAACAUCUCAAACCCUAGAAACUUUUGGAAAGUCAUAAAUAAACUACAAACUCCCCCAAUCCACUCCCAACCCUCCACUGUGAAAGUGGAUAACCAAACCCUGCAACUUCCCUUAGAUGUAGCAAAUGCCUUUAACAAUUAUUUUGUCGGAUGCUCUACUGCCCUGAUUGCCAAGCUAAUAAAUGACACGCAUCCUGAAACUACAAAUGUGGAUCAGGUCCCACUAAAUUUGCAAAGUCCCAAUAUAGACAAGUUAAUUUUUAGACCUGUACCUGUUAGUGUCAUUGAAAAACAUCUUAAUAAUCUAAAAAUGAAAAACCAGUCCAGCAAUGCUGUUGAAGCUCAGUGCGCCGGCAAUUGCUAAACCCAUCGCAACUCUAAUUAAUGAAACCUUGGUGUCUGGAUACAUACCCAAAUUUUGGAAGACUGCGAGAGUAGUGCUUAUCCAUAAAAGUGGUGACACUACUUUGGUUUCUAACUAUCGCCCAAUAUCAUUGCUCCCGGUAUUGUCAAAAAUCUUAGAAAAAUGUGUCCUUACGCAACGAUGUGAGUACUACCAACAAUCAAACUAUCUGACCCCUGAUCAAUCGGGCUUUCGUCAGAAUCACUUCACUACAACUGCCCUCUUAAAAGUUUGCAAUGACAUCCAAACUGGCAUUGAACAAGGAGACCAAACUGGAGCUAUUUUCCUUGAUUUUGCUAAGGCCUUUGACACAGUAGACCACGACAUUCUACUGCACAAACUCAAAAACUCAGGUAUUGGUAAUCGAUCGCUAAACUGGUUUCGAUCGUAUGUAUCGGAUCGCUCGCAAUAUGUGUCCAUUUCUGACAGCGACUCCGUCCCCCUCCCAGUCACGUGUGGUGUUCCCCAAGGUACCAUUCUCGGUCCCCUACUAUUUACAUUAUUUAUAAAUGAUCUGCCUAAUGUCUGCAAAUCCUCAAAUGUACACAUGUACGCAGAUGACACGGUAAUUUAUGUGAGCAAUUCCGAUCUACCUCAGCUUAAGGCUGUGCUCCAAGACCAGUUUACAGAGGUAGAAAAGUGGAUUGCAAAAAACAAAAUCUUCCUGAACACUGUCAUAGCUGUCACAAUGAUCUUUGGAACAGUACCUAAAUUACACAAAUUACACAAUUCCCACCUAUCCAUCAAAACAAAUUCAAAUGGCACACUGACCACAGUGCACUCUUUCAAAUACUUGGGUAUGAUGUUAGACCCCAAUCUAUCUUUUGGCCUGCACAUAGAAAAGCUUGCAUCUAAACUUUAUCCAAAACUAAAUGCCCUAUACAGAAACAAAUCCUGCCUAAGCCCUACAGUAAAGGAAAAGAUUGUACUGCAAAUGCUGAUGCCAAUCAUUGAUUAUGGGGAUGUAGUAUAUGCAUCUGCAUCGCAAUCCCACAUUAAUAAACUCAACACAUUGUAUAACUCGUUCUGCCGAUUUGUGCUACAAUGUAAUUACAGGACUCACUAUUGUGACAUGCUAAAAGAACUAAACUGGCUGUUGCUGGAAUCCAGACACACCCUUCAUCUUUCCAGCCUUGUGUUUAAGAGCUUUUCUGGGAAACUCCCACCCUACCUGAACACAAUGCUUUCCUCAGCUGUUCCCACUUCCUAUAACCUCCGAUCCAGUACCAACACUUUACUCAAUACAAAAUGAAAGCAGCUCGAUCCUCCUUCUCCUACAUCACCACAAUUGUGGAACGACCUCCCGCACAAUUUAAAAUCUUCCCUAAGCCUAAAGUCCUUUAAGAGAUCCCUCUCUACAUACCUCAAAACAGAAUGCACCUGUCAUGGUUGAUUAUAUAUUUCCUGCCUGUUCUAUGUUAAAUUUUGUAUUUAUUAUGUAUUAAUAUUGUUUUUAUAUUUUAUUGUACCCUAAUUGUAACAGUGCAAUGAUUUGUGGACCCAGGACAUACUUGAAAACGAGAGAAAUCUCAAUGUAUAUUUCCUGGUAAAAUAUUUUAUAAAUAAAUAAUUAGCAGUAGAAAGAGGAAAGUACUCAUGCCAUUGUACAGAACAGGUGAGCAGAGCAGGGCCGGACUGGCCCACUGGGAUACCGGAAAGUUUCCUGGUGGGCCGCUGCACCUGGGACCGGGCACAUAGCCCUAAUCAUCAAGCACAUGUCAUUUAAAUGAUUUUCCCCUCGGACUGUGCCAGUCUGUAUCAGUCCGAGGGGAGUAAUAAUGGAGGAGCUGGGGGCUGCUGCGGCCGCAAUUACUCUGCCGACGGGAGACCUGUCAGUCUCCCUGCACAGUGUACAGCAUUUACGGCCUCAAAUCCCACCCCCGCAUUUAAGCCCUGCCUCCUGAACACAAGCCCCUCCUCAAGACAGAAGCCGCUGACCUCGCUGGAAUGAAGAGGCCAGACAUUGACACCUUCACCUACUAAUGCCAGGUAAACUUUGUGUGUGUGCUAGUGAGUGAGCUUCUGUGUGUGUGUGGGUGCAUCUGCUAUUGAGUGAGCUUCUGUGUGUUUGUGCAUCUGCUAGUGAGGGAGUUUGUGUGUGUGCAUCUGCUAGUGAGGGGGUUUGUGUGUGUAUACCUCCUAGUGAGUGAGCUUGUGUGUGUAUGUGCCUUCUAGUGAGUGAGCUUGUGUGUGCAGUCACUUCCUCCCAGCUGUGAUGUCAUCACAGGGGUCCUGUCGCGUUGUUAAAGCGCUGCAGCGCUGACCGGGGCCCCCUGGAAAUUCAUCUCGGGUGGCCCUAACAGGAUGGGCCCUUGAAUGUGCGGCCCUGGGCUGCAACAUAUGGCUGCAACCCCUGCGACCGUAGUAUGUAUGCCACUGUGUGGACUCCUAUCAGUUUUGGGUAGGUGACUCAUAAGAGUUACAGUCCAGAUUAUCUGGUAGGCAGGUAAUCGCUAACCCUAAUUGCUUCUAGUGGUACAGACCCCCAAAACCUUACCUGAAGCCUUCCUUUUAGUAGCAUUGUUUUUAAUGUCGCACAGACGGUAGACCUCUGAUGCUCACCUUCAAGACCUCUGUAGGGUGCACUGUUCCUAUGCCUUGCCUUUUGUGUCACUAUACCCCACUCCCUCUACCAUGUAAGCUCGUUGAGCAGGGCCCUCAACCCCUGUUUUUCCUGUGUGUCUAACUCAUCUGGUUACAAUUACAUGUCUGUUAGUCUUCCCAUUGUACAGCGCUACAGAAUUUCUUGGCCCUUUAUAAAUAAUAAUAAUAAUAAUGCCUUGGCAUUGUUAUAAAUGCAGUGAAAUUACUGUGUCGCUAUAAGCAACAUCGAAAUUUAAAUCUUGCCAUUUAGAUGAGCUAUAUAGGCACUUUUUUAAACCUACAGGCUCACACUAUAGCACAUUUAGCAUGGUAUAACACAGGUAUGAGUUACAAGUACAUAUAUUUCCCAUAUGUUCCUUUGUGUUUCCAUAUUCCUUUGUGGUAGUGUGACUUAUGGGAUGUUUCCCCUCCUCUGGGAUUGGUCUCCAGACAUGCACUCCCCCCCCCAAUCAAUUUAUAAACCUAAACCCUUGGUAAUGUUCACAAUGUCGGCCUGUCCUCCAUGAAGGCAGGAGGUAGUACUUGUCAGAUUUUUUCAUAUUUCCAGUGUGACCUUCCUGCUCAGAGGUCAAUAGGAGAGAUGCAAUAUGCAUCUUGGGCAGUUGCGACCUCUAUCACUAGUAUGGCAGUAGUCUCCUUCAGGGGCUGCAGCUAUCCUCAGGGAAGGUCCUUCUCCUCAACCCUGCUUCCUGUGGAAUUGGCCUGGUUGAGCUACAGCUUUGGAAUGAACUUCCCCUACAAUUUGCCUUUCAUUUUCAGAGAAAAGAAGAACACCUCCAAUUCAAGACCUUAUGAACUUAUGAAAGUUCUGAUUGUCAACACAUCUAUUCUUAGAAGAAAAGACAUAGCUGUUGUCACUGAACCCGGUUCCAUCAUGGACAAAAAUGACUAUUGCCAUUGUGGGAGCCGAUAUGGGUCUCUGGACGCAUAUUCUUCCUCCCAGUCAGAAAUAGGAACAUCUGGGGAUCACCAAGACCCUCCUUGCCCAUCGAGUGCCUAUUCAGGAGAUCCCCUAAAGUGUUCUGGAACUCUUCACUGUAUCGGAACUCUGCCACGAUCUGGUGAAACUUUGAUCAGGUAUCGGUUGGUCCACCAACCAUCAAUCACUGCGCUAUUUGGAUGAGUUGUUGGGAAGGUAAUGAUGCAAGUAAUUACUUACUUGGGCGACUGGUUAAAAUAAGCAUCUUCCACAAAAUGUCUAAAAAAAAAAAAUGUAAAAAAUUCUAUUGCUGGCCCAGGGCCGAUUUGAGCUUAGCACCUUAGUGAGACAACAUUUAGACCACAGGACACUGAUAAACCAGGGAUCGUUGGUGGGAGCGAGUUGUGUCGCAUGUACCAACUGCUGGAGAGGACACAGACUCCUCCUUAAAUGCAGAUGACGGGGGCAGAGCUUAGCUGUUGACCUGAAUGGCUGCGUCUUCCCUGAGCUCUGUGAAGGACACCCUAACAAAGCUGUUUCUAAGAGAGAAAAACCUGCAAAACCAAAGAAAGAAAGUACUUGGGGAAAAAUAAAAACCCAAAAUAGGAUAAGGGUCUGCCAACCCAGGAUAUCAGCGAAUUGUUCCGCAACUCCCAGAGGGCCACAUGGGACAACAUGGUGCACCUCGAUGAGGGAUCCUCGUGCUCCUCAGAAAAUUUCCUGGAUUUGGGAGAGGUGAUUCCCCACAGAAUGCAGACGGGACCCCGGCUUCCUCCGACGGAGGAUAGAGAACCAGUUACCACAUCCCUACUAAAGACGAUGUUGGCAGAGCUCCGAGCUAACAAAGCAAUCGAUACGGCCCAAUUCCAGAAAGCGGUUGAUUGUGCGCAUGCACAGAUUGCUGUCCUGGAGGCCUUCCACAGCAAACAGAACACUAUACUUGCCGAGAUGGGGGAGCUGUACCGGCAGCAGAAAACUACGGAGGACAGGGUGGAUGCCCUGGAAGACCAGUGGAGGCGAUAUAACCUCAAGAUUAGGGGAGUACCGGAGGCCUUGAGCCACAUGGAUUUACCGCACUUUAUCAGAAGACCCUGCUUCCUAAACAGGCCAGGGCUAUAAAAUUGGACGUCAUGUUCUGUCUCUCUAAGCCGGGGAUUGCGCCACCGAUGGCCACACAGGAUGUAAUAAUUAGAUUCCAGUCUCUACAGGACCAGGCCUUACUUAUGUCAGCCAUAAUGGAGAAGAGCCCAUUGCUGUUUUAGGUUGCUACCCUGCAAUUGUUCCUGGACUAAACCAGGAAUACCCUAGCCUGGCGACUAUCAUUGCGCCUCCUGCUCCAGCUCUUUCGAGCAUAAAAAAUCCCCUCCAGGCUCGGCUGCAAGCUGUGUAGGGGCUGCUGGAGGAACUCUCCAAGAGAUCCAGAAUAUUUAAUGUGUGGGUCAGAGGCUUACCCGAGGCAUCAAGUGAGGCGAGUCUUUCCAGGCUGCUGAUCCAAAUUUUCCGGCCCUUGUUACAUGACAUCACGGAAGACAAGUGGGCCGUGGAGAGCGCUCACCGGGCGCUGAGGGCGAGGGGAGCCCUGGGCAGUCUUCCCCCUGUGACGUUAUCGCCUGCUUUCAUUAUUGCUCCACGGCCAAGUUGGGACGCUGGCUUUGUCCACGGCCCCUGGUUUGACGUAACCCCUGGCAGAUUUCUAAACCUCAGAGCAUAGGGAAAUGGAGACGCAGGACAGCGAAAACAACAGGGAAGUUUUCUAGACCUCGUACAACACAUUAAUAUAAAGCAACCUUGAAUAGAAUAAAGCUGUGCAGUUUGGGCCCCGUUCAUUGUCGAGCCACCUCUCAUCUCUGCAAUGCAAAUGACCCUCAUUAUGUGGUCGGUUCAGGUUACCUGAGCCAGCUGAGUGUCUACACAUGGAACAGUCUCUGGCACCUUCUCUGCUUCUAUCCCUGGACGCGGAGAAGGCGUUCGACAGGAUUGAGUGGCCGUACCUGUUUUCUCUCUUGGAGCAUUAGGGUAUUUCUGCCUUGUUUGUAAAUGCCGUGCGGAUCUUCUAUACGGGCACAGGUGGUGCUACCGGGUGACGGCAGUGACACCUUUCACAUAGGUAAUGGUACCAGACAGGGGUGCCCCCUAUCUCCCUCUUGUUCACCUUGGUGUUGAAACCAUUUUUGCAGCGAAUAAGAGAGGCCCUUGAGGGUUGGGGGAGAAGAAUAUAAGGUAGGGGCCUGUCCCGAAGAUGUUAUACCGACGGUUUCGGACCCGCUCGAGUCUUUGCCAUCUCUGUCCGACCUGAUAGGGGAAUAUAGCCAAGUAUCUGGCUAUAAGGUCAAUUUGACCAAAUCAAGCGCCUUGUCUAUGCACUUGUCAGCCACCAAUGCAUAGACAGUUAGAUCCACAAUACACUUAAGCCUGACUCAAUUAAGUACCUGGGCAUCAUGGUCACGAAGAGUUGUCGGACCCUCCAUAAAGUCAAACCCUGUUUCACACUAUCAAGAGAGACCUGGGGAUCCAGACCGAUCUCAUGGAUAGGCCGCAUCCAUAGCAGUAAAAUGAAUGUGCUUCCGAGACUCCUUUUUCUGUUUUAAGUGCUUCCCAUACCGCUAACCAAAGCAGAACUAGAUACGAUGCAUUUAUACAUAGAUUCCUUCAUAUGGGAUAACAAAAGACACAGAUUGGCUUGGAAUAUUCUAUACAGGCCAAAAACGAGAGGGGGACUGGAACUGCCAAAUCUCCUACUGUAUUAUUAUGCAGCCCAACUUGUGGCAUGCAGAUCCAGGGGAGAGACGGUGGGUGGAUCCCGAGCAGAUUAUGGGUUCAGAUCUAUCCAUGUUCUAUAUGUGACUCGACAAGUCCCAACGUGCACUCUUGAGAACCAAAUGCCUGGGCAUAGUUACAUCCCUAUCCAUAUGGGACAAGCUCCAGCUCCAACGCCUCCCCCCUGACCCCGUUAUUGGGGAACAGAAACUGUCCCCAGGAAUGACCCCUCAGGGUUUUGGGAACUUGGAAGACGUGGGUCUGUAGAAGUAUAUUGACUUAUGGGAUGGGGAUAAGCUAGUGACUUUUAACACACUGAAACAGAGGGCCAGACUUAGCAAUCACUACUACUUCUGCUAUAUCCAAAUUAGAGACUUUGCCCACCAGGAGGAGGUCACUGGGUCAAGGGCAAUACACCCACUGUCUUUGAGACUCUGUGCCAUCAGGGAAGGUAUAGGAGGGGGCUCUUUACAGACAUUUACACCGACAUAUGCUCGACUGCUUAGACCUGGGAAGGGAGAUUGAGGGAGAUGAGUGGCAGGAUAUGUGGGAGGCAGCAGCAAAGGUCUCAGUGUGUGCUCUCGCAAGAACAAAUGUAUCCUCUUCAGAUUGCACACCACCCCGGUGCAGUUGUGUAGGAUGGGCGCUUGACCCAUUGAUGCUUGCGGAUGUGCGAAAUGAGGGGAACUUAUCCCCAUAUGUGGUGGUUUUGCCCUGUCCUGAUGCAGUUCUGGGGGGACAACAGAUCUUUACUUAGGGAGGUCUUCCACAAGCCGUUCGAGCUGGACCCCUGGCUAUUCCUACUAUCGAAACCCCAGGAAGGCAUGACCUACCAUGAACAGAAAUUAUGUAAUGGCAGCAAGUCGAGUUUUAGCAGCUCACUGGCUGCAAACGUCCCCUCCAUCUCUUGGAGAGAGUAGGACCAAGAUAGAAGACACUCACUUAAUGGACUAAUUAAGUGCAACAAUACAUAACACCCUUUCCUCGUUUAAUAAGAUAUGGGAACUGUGGCAUGCCUAUAAAGAUAACUUAUAAUUUGUCUUUUCUGCAAGGGACCACGCUACAAAGAGAUCUUGUGGGGGGCAUUACGACCAUUGGAGGUCCGCACAGCCAGUUGACCGACAUAAGGGGGACGUUAUUAGCUUCGGGUGCUCUUGAGAGUAGAGAAGAGUGGGAAUGGGGGAGGCAGGAGAGUGGAGUAAUAAUGCCCUUUUGCCCAGUAAACAGAAUCCCGAACCCCACUGGCUGGUAAUUAGUUGACUGGGACAGUUUUGUGCUGCUGUAAAAAGGAAUUCCUUGCAAACGUUUGCAAAACAUUACAAACUUGACAUUCUUGACUCUGAAGAUGCCAACUAUGGGCACAAGUUCCUUCAGGCAGUAGUUGAUUAAUACUUGCUUCAGCUUGUUACAUCCUGUCAUUCAUUUUAGUAUACACUAUAAACCCAUAAAACCAUUAAUGAAGCCACCAAACAGGGCAGUAUGGAGCAAUCAAAAAAUAAAAAAGUAGGUUGAAAGCCAUAUAAAAAUAGAGAAGGGGUAAGAGACCUCCAUCAAAAAUGUGACUAGUUAGAAAGGGAGUCAGAAAAAAAGGGGAGAAUGGAUUUAUAGAGCUGAAAGAGAGGGCAGUCUUAUGGCCACACAAAAUACUGUUAUGAGACCGCAAACAAUGGGCAGAAGGUAGUACUGGAGAAAAGAUACAAAAGAAGGUAAGUCGGGGACAGCAAGAAGGAGAAGGGUAAUUGAGAGGACUUGUGCCCCUGGGUCCCAGAGUGCUGUCACUCUAUCUGUGUUAAGUAGAUUGUCUCAUUAGGAAAGUUUUCUAUGGUAAAUAACUCAUUGCGGGACAUGAAUUAAUAUAUUUUUCCAACCAGUUGGGACUCAAAAAAGGAUAAUGCAGACUGAGCUUUUGAUCCCAAUCCAGGCGUUAAGAACCACUGGUCUACAAUUUAAUAAUUCCUCCGCUUAGAAUAUUGUAUAACCAUAACAUUGUACAAGAUAUAGUACUUUUUUUUUUUUUUUAUUCAUCUGCGCUACAGAUGUUUUUUGUAAUCCAGAGUAAUUAUCUCCACAGGGAGUGAGCAUGGAAGACAGUCUUAUCCCAGAGGAAUUCUAUAUUGUUAAGAACAAAGGUGUCCUAGGAUUGGAGUACUAUGAAGAGUAAGUAUAGACUUUUAGUUAACUGUUCACAUAAUUUUAAGGUGAAACCUAUUUCGCAAGUCAGGCAUAAAUGAAUCAUGAUUAAUACAUUUGUGUUUUCAAACCAUUUUAAGUAUGUGGUUCCAAGUAAAGAGAAUUCAUUUCAUGGAAGGAUUAUGUGUUUGCUAGGAAGGUAUGUGCAUGUGGCCAUAUUGUAGCUACAUCACUCAGUGAGGAUAGAAUGGGCAAUAUAUUGCUCACUCUAAUCUAUAAUGUAUGCAAAAGAAUAUUAGAUAAAGUGGACUAGGUAUCUGCAGUACCUGAAAAAUAUUUUGACAAUUCACCACCCAGUGCUGCCAAAUAGCCAAAAAUACUGUUUUGCUACUCCCAGUCGUACAAAGAGCUUAGAGCAGGCUUCCCCAAACUCCGGCCCUCCAGAUGUUGCUGAACUACAACCCCCAUGAUUUUCAGCCUAUCUAUUUCAUUCAUAGAAUCAUGGGAGUUGUAGUUCAAAAACAUCUGGAGGGCGGAGUUUGUGAAAGCCUGGCUUAGAGCAUAGUAUAAAGAAAAGACACAUGUGCAAGGGGUUACUGCCAUGGUGUUACGUCCACCUUAACAUGUAAUGAAUGCAGAGAAAACAAAUGUAGUACAAACAUUUUGGGCAAAAGCACUUUUUCAAAUAUAUAACAAAUAAUAAACAUGCAAUCCUGACUUUCUUACAUGAGAAUUGCCAUUAUAGUUUUUUCUCAUUCUCCCAUUUAGUUUCAAAUAGUAGCAUUUAUUUUUUUCUCUAACCAAAACUGUUCAUCUGUGAUAUUUUAGUCAUAUGUUACAUAGUACUAUUUAACUCUAUUUUAAUUUUGAUUCUGGUACUAGUAAUGUGGGGUUGAUGAAAAACUAUCAAGUUCAUCCUUCUACCCUUUAUCUACGGGUGAUUCAAAAUAUAAAAAUCAGAUCUUGGAGUACUUUUCAAUAGUACAACGAAGCCGAAAAUCUUUAUUGACUACUAAAAAGCCAUAACAUUUCUCUUUGGAGACACAAAUUCUUAAUAAUGUCAACAUUAAUUAUUAGAGCUCUAAAUGUUCUACUUAACCAAAAAAAACAACAACGGAAUCCAAUAAAACAACCUCUCUAGGGAGAAACUUCCAUAUUUUACAGUGAAUAACCAUUUCCAUUGUUCUAGGUAAUGUUCCUUUCCUUGAGGUGCAGUGAAUUUCAUCUGUCCUGUUUACAGUUCUGUUAAUGUGUGUUUCUGUACACCCUAAGGAACACCUUUACUCUUAAAUCAUUUUUUUUGUUCUCCCUAUCCAGCAAGUAUACAACCCUUUUAGAAGAUGACGAAAAAAGAUUGCGAGUGUUCCCAUCCAUGUAAGUUUAAACUAAUUUUGCAUAACAUGUUCAAUUGAUAGCAACUGGCCUUAUUUUAGUUUCAAAUUGUUAUAUAUUGUUUAGUUUCACUUUACAGAGAAGGAUUAAGGUCCCACAGUGUCCUUAGCAAGUUUCUAGUUUGGGUCCCACUUAACUCUUAGUAUAGGGAUGAUGAAUGGAGACAAGCUGGACCAAGUAUCUUCAUUGUGUCUAGGCCUGUCUAACCCCUGGGCCCUAAGUGGUCUCUUAGGUUGUGUUGUGCUUAAUUCUGCCAUGCAUUGAACAGGAAACCCAGUGGAAGGUUAGAGGUUCUUCAACUAAUGAAGGUGAUGGACAGCAUGCUGAAAGAAGCAGGAGUAGAUGAAGAAGACCUGAAGAUGGACGGACCGACUCAGGUGAGAUUGUAAUACUGGAACUUAGGGGAUGACCUGGUUGACUAAACUAUGUACAGUAAAUGACACUGUUACACAAAACUUAGAAUGGCUCAAAAAUAUUAACAAUAAUGUUUCCUCCUAUUACAUUGUUGAUUUAACUAGGUAAAGGAAUAUGUUUUAAUCUAUGUUUAGAUACACAAUUUACUAGAAUUACUGAAGACCGAGCAAAAUAUAUACAACAUUGUGUUUCACGAGCUCAUCCGUCAAGUCAGUGUGGAGUGUGCGGAGAGAGGGCAGCUGCUUGCUAAGAUCAGGUUUGUACUGUCAUAAGAAGAUCAAAGAUGUAAUCUCUGUAUGCUCAACAUGAAAAGCAUCCUACAAAUGGAUGGCAACAACUAUGUGAAUCAUAUUAAUAGUUUUACAAUAUGUACAGUAGAGUCAUAUCACAUAUGCUUGUCAAGUAUGUCCCUUUUGCUAAUGCAAAAAAUAUUUUUGCUCCUGUAACUUUCCAUGCUUCGUUCAAGACACUCUCAGUUUCAUGUUAUCCAAUAAAGUGAAAAUUGAUGGGAAUUCAAAGGGAUUUUUUUAAUUUAAGGCCAAAAUAGCCAUACUGAAUACAGAAUCGACUUGGAGAAUUUUUGUAAUUCAGCUAUAUUGGCCUAAAUUUUUAAAUUCACUUUGAAUUCCUGGCAAGUCUCACUUCAGUGAAUAGCCCUGCUCUCACAAUUCCACUUUUUUUGGGUGAUAACAUAGAUUACUCUAUCAGAUCCUUUCGCAUUCAAAAACUUCUCACUGAGCUGAAUACCUGCUUCUAACCUUGUCAUUUAUUAAAUAAUCACUCCAGUUUGCUGAAGUGCUUUAUUGCACUAAAAUCUGUCAUUUGUCAACACCACCAGACAGCCACUAGAGGCAUUUCCUGCAGUUUCAUGGAGUUUGACUCCGUGAAACAAUGCUGGACAUCCUCACUCUUUGCAUUAAGGACAUCCAGGGUGUUAAAAAACACCAUAGGAAAGCAUUAAGUCAAUACUUCUUAUGGGGAAGGCGGCUAAGAAGCCUGACCCAGCAGCUAAGGACAUAGGAGCUGGAAGAGGUGAGUGAAAAAAAGUAUUUUUUUUAAUGCUUUACAGAGGGGGUGGAGGCUUCCUAUAGUACUAUAGUAUUAGGAAUAGAGGAAUACAUUUUUGUGUUUAUAGUGUUUUCUUUAAUUUAUGUGUGUGUGUAAUUCUAUUUUAUUUCAUAAAAUUAUACAGCUCUAACCUCACACUAUGGAAGUUGAACAAUCCAAGUUUCAGAAUGAUUUAUAUGUAUAUUUUUUGUUAUAGGCAAAGAUAUGCCAUGUUGCUGAAUAAAAUUCCACAACAGGUGAUGAGUUUGCACGAAGACCUUUUAGCUCAGCGUGCACUAGACCGAUGCCUGACAGAUGAAAUUCUUCAUUUCAAGAACUCCAUUGGGGAACUUACCAAGUUAGUAUUGAGCUUAACAAACUGAAGUUAUAUAACAAAUCAAAUGAACCAUGCAGUGGACACAGAUUUAAAGGGACACUAUAGUCACCAAAAACAACUUUAGCGAAAUUAAGCAGUUUUGGUGUAUACAUCAUGCCUCUGAAGUCUCCCUGCACAAUUCUCUGCCAUUUGGGUGUUAAAUCACUUUUGUUUCUGUUAAUGCAGCCCUAGCUGUGACUGACACAGCCUGCAUGAAAACAAAAUGGCAAUUUUAAGUAAGUAGUAACUUACUUUAAAAGUUUUAUCUCCUGCUCUGUAAAUUGAACUUUAAUUGCAUACAGGGGGCUCAUGCAAGGCCCAACAAGCUAUUAACAGAGCAGGAGAUAAGACAUGGACUUACAAAGCCACUAUAAAUACAAAAUUUUUAAAUUAUUAGACUAAAUUGGUAAAUGGACGCAGAAUACAUUGGCUGUGUGUAAAUGCAAAUGAUAAUUAGCUUUGUAAUAUAAGCUUGGUGUUUUUACUCUCCAGCCUUCCAUCCCUCAGCCCUAAAACAUAGAGAAUGUAAUAUAUCACAGGGUUAUUCACUAAAGUGAGAAUUUAAGGUGGGAAUCAUUGGUAGAGGUUUUGGCAAUUAUAUUAGGGAUAUUAUACUGGUACCUCCAUCAGAUUAGACCAGCCACCUCACCAUGAUACUUACUUUGUUCUAUUUUAUUUUUCUUUGUCUUAUUAUUAGCCAUGUGUCACUGAGGGUGUUUGAAAGCAAGACUCUCCUUUUUUUAUUUGGAAGUCCCUCAGGGGGCAUGUGGGAGAAAGUUUGAGCCUAAGAUUUUUGUUAAGGGAUGCCCUCAGAGGCACGAUAGGGCACUAACUGGUUAGGAUUGGUGGACUUGCACCGGGCUCUCCCAUUCCCACUAAUAGAUACACAGAUCCCUACCUUUACAUUCAUUUCCAUUUCUCUUUGUUUUGCUUUCCACCCUUAGCUAUAGUGUUUAUCUCUUAUACCUGCAUACAAAUAUUGUGAAUCAGUAUGCAAGCUUUAUUUUGACAAUUAUUAUAAUAACUUUUUGAACAUCCCUGUUUUGGGUAUUUUAAAUAAUCUAUUAAAAGUGAAGUUUUAAACUUCUACAAAGGGUUGCUCUCCCCCUUUCUUUAGAGGGAAGACUUGAGAAGUGUGGACAAUUUAUCUUCUCCUAGUCUCCCCUAUAGUUCUCUUAUUAUUUCUGAGAAUUUAAGGUGAAAACUAAAUAAAUUUAAAAUUUAAUGUGAGAGUUAGUACUCUUGAAUUUCACUUUGACUUCACUUUAAAGGGAUUUUAUAGUGCCAGGAAAACAAACCUGUUUUCCUGGCACUGUAGGAUCCUACAGUGCCCCCCUCCUGCACGGCUGAAGGGGUUAAAGCCCCUUCAGUCACUUACCUGAAUUAAGCGCCGAUGUCCCUCGACGUUGGGUCAGGCUCCGCCCACGCUCCUCCCACACCAAUGUCAGCCGGCAGGGUAGACCUAGUGCGCAUGCGAGGCGAUGGCCGCGCUCGCAUUAGUAUCUCCCCAUAGGAAAGCAUUAUUUAAUUCUUUCCUAUGGGGAAAAAAAUUGAUGCUGAAGGUCCUCAUGCAUAGCGUGAGGACGUCCAAGGUCAGAUAACGGACCAAAGGUCCGUUUGCAUUCCGGAAGUCCCUCUAGUGGCGGUCUGGUAGACAGCCACUAGAGGAGGAGUAAAUCUUGUUCUCAGAAACUGCAAUAAUUACCACUGUAGGGUUAAGGGACAUGGGACAUUGCACCCAGACUACUUCAAUGAGCUGAAGUGGUCUGGGGGCCUACAGUGUCCCUUUAAAUUCUGACUUUAGUAAAUAACCCUGUCACUGUUCAGAAACCAGCAGAUAGUAUAAUUUGAAUUUUAUCAUCCAUCAAAUCAUUUCAGUAAAUCACCAGUGUUUGAAAAUAUCUCUAAGACAUUAAUAAUUACAAAUAUUCUUGAGGUUGCUGAAGCUUUCCAUGGGCUCUCAGGUGCAAUGUGUAAUCAACAGCAUGCGUUUCAUCUCAAGCAAUCUUUCAUGCUGCAUCAUUUUCUUUUUAUUAUUGCAAGGGGUUCCAGAUGCAGCAAUUUAUUUUGGCUGAAAUAGUUUUCACUUGCAACAGCUGGUAUGCAGUAUCAGUUUGGUUGCCCUUGCCGAACAUAGAUCACUUUUAGGAUUCUCAGCACAUUAGGGAAAGUUAGAUUCUCAGAACCCCUGUAUGUGUGUAUGCUCUACAGAAUGUGCAGUGGAACAGCAGAGACUCCCUUUGAGGUAUUUCUUGUUGGUUCCAUUAAAGUCCCCACCCAGAAUCAGGCAGCCCUCCAUGAAUUGCACUAGCAACUUAAGCACUUUUUUGAGGGCUAUAUCCUGACUCUGACUGGGAAGAUGUAUGUUUGCCAACAUAUAUAGGUUAUAUACAAUCAUGCCAUUCACAAAAAUAUAUUGACCCUCCAGAGUUGCCAGAACUAGAGAGAUUUGUGAAGUAGGAUAGCCAUGCCCGUAUACUUCCCUACAGGAUUAUUACUGUGUUUGACAUGGUGAUUGUUCAGUAUGGGGGAAUGUCCCUCUUUAAAGUUCUAUUCCCGAAUGUAGACAAUGUGAGCCCUAUGCUUAUAAAACUUCCUAAGGACAUGAGAUCUUUUUUGGGGGGGCGUUAAGACCUUUUGCAUUGACAGACAAAAGAAUGAGGGGAGCUCAUACAAAUGUCCGCGAAGGUGGCAUAUUGGCUGUCUGUACAGAGGCAGCUGGGAAGGAGUACCCAGACAGACACCAAUAUAUGGGAUCUAUCCGGUUAAUCCAAAUGCUAGUCGUAUAGCCUGAGACUGGGAUGUCUCUGUAUCUAAAAUAGUGCCGUUCAGUGAGGCAAUAAAAAUGAAAAUGUAAGAACACUAAACAGAUAGUAUUUACAUAAAUCAUGUACCUCGAAGAUGGGGAGCCUGGCAAGUAUUAGCCCUACAACUGCACCAGGUGGAUGCCAGUGGUCUGUCUCCAAACUGUAGCACCCAAUCCUUAGAGGGAGGGUGGAAGCGGGAGGAGGCGUGGGCACGCAGGCUGAAAACUAGCUACUAAAAGCCAAAUAGAAAAACACGAUACUAUGACAAUUAAAAAUGCACAAAGGCAGAGGAGGGUGGUAGGAGCACACCAAGGAAAGGCUCAGAAGCAAAGAGAAAAAAACUAAAUAUAUAUAUAUAUAUAUAUAUAUAUAUAUAUAUAUAUAUAUAUAUACACACACACACUUUGGCACACAAGCCGCCCCUCAGGUGUCCCCCGCCACCCCAACCCAGCACAAAGAGCUAAACACUUGAGGAAACUUGGAGGUCACAUGGGUUCAAUAUAUAACCUGUGAUAUGCAACAUAAAUACACAACCAAAAUAUACAUCAGGUCAGCAUUAGCAGUCAUAUGAUCAGAGCUAGGCAUAUCAAGAGGUGAUUAACAUAAAGAAAAGUGAGAAGCUCAGAUACCAUAAAAGAGUAAGAAACAAUAAAAAGGAAAAAAAACUGUUGUCCACUAGAGCUUUCCAGGAGGGGGUCACCCAAAUGUGUAUCAUUGGGGACCAGUGUGAGUCCCGCAGAAGGACAGCUGGAUACCAAAUAUUUUAUUAUGAAUAAUAUCACCAACUAUGAAAACAGAAUUUUGUUCCGUUUAAAGUAUAUUAAAUGUUUUUUUGGCUAAAAAUUGUAUUCCUAUGCAGUAAAACUCCUUCUGCAUAAGACUACAAGACCGUACACAGUAACAAUAAUAAGUAAAUAAUACAUUGGAAAACAGAAAAUAAUCCUGCAUUUUGCUUUUUUAAGAAUCUGUACAGGUAGAUGUGAAAAAUAGCCUGUAUUUUUAAAUAUUUAUAAAGUAAUGAUUUCCAUGUUGUUGUUCUUCAUGUACACUGUACAAAAUUGUACCAAAAAAAUAUUUUGUAUUUUAUAAGAUCUAUUUUUUCUCAAUAUUUGGAUUUUUUUUUUUUUGCAAAUUUAAGUUAUUUGCUAAAUGUAUGUGAUUUUUUUUUCAACCCAUCCCUCCAUGAUUUGGUAGGACAACUCUUAGAAAAAGUACUGACUAUGGUGUUUAAAUUAAAGUUCAAAGUGAGUACAAAAGCCUUAAACCUUAAAAAAAGCUUCAGUAUAUGGGCGUGAAAUGGCCUAGCAGCUGAGUUAGGAGUUUUGCCAGUACUUAGAACCCUAUUUCUAACGUUUACAUAAAUAUUUGUUACUGCACUGUGUUUUCUUCUGACAGAGGGUGCGGCAUUAACGCUAGUGUUGCCAAAACAUAAGAAGCAGGUCCAGCACUCUUUUUCAGUUAUCAGCAUUCCAAUUUAUUCGCUAACAGCACACACUAGAGCAAUAUUGCAAACCGAGCAGAGGUCUUUGUCAAGCCUGUUACCCAAUAAAUUGGAGUGUUGAUCAAUAAAAAUAUAAUUAUUGGACCCUUUUCUUAUGUUUUUAUUUUAACUAAUUUUGUGUCAAGACAUUUAUGAUUCUUUAACAGAGCAAUACCAGUUUUUAAAAUAAAAAAGCACAAGUAGAGGGCAAAUGUGUUAUAGUAGAGAUUGGAUUAUGAAUCUUAGUAGGUUUAAGAGUGUCCUGUUCUAGCUGUUGAGUUGUAGAGAUGACAUAAUUUCAGUAUUCAUGUACCAUUCUUCUUGAAAGGAUAUCAAGAUACCAACAUGUGAAGUCUCACGGUAGAAACGUGUUAGACUUGCGUCAAAGAGAAAUCUCAUUUUGGUGUCUGUGCUAAUAAGUCUUGAGAAAGUUGACGAGAAUGAAAUAAUCAAUAGAAUACUGUUCUUUUCUCUAGUGAGUUAAAUCAAGUAAGAGAACAUGAUCUGCGAGUGAGCAAAGAUGCAGAACAAGCUCAGACGGAACUGGCUAAAGCUCUAAAGGAGGCAAAGAAGAAUGCAAAGUAAGCAUGAUCGCGUGACAUUAGUUAUUUUAACCAUCAUUAGGUCUCACUAUGAUGUGAAACCAGGACUCAGUAAUUGGUGAAAUUCAGGAAUUUUCUUAUAUUACUCAUGGACCUGUAAGAAAAAAAACACACAAGAUCAGGUUAUAGAUAGAUAUUAUAUAAUAUUUUUCAGAAUGUGAAAACCUAGUAUUUUUAAAGCAGGUUUUUAUGUAGAUUUUGGGGUUUUAUUUUGCAAUUAGAGGAGCUUAAACAAACUUACAUUAAAGUUGACAAAAUAAUUUACCACGAAUCUGUCAGCCAAAUGUCUUUGACUGAUGGCCUUACUUGCCUCUGACUUGGCUGACCGCUCAUUAUUUCCCUCUUCUUUUGUGCUGUGUAGUGGCCAGGUAGAGGAGGUGUUGUUUGCCAAUCUGUCUGCGUGCAUAAGAAGUAAAGUGCACACUUAAAGAGGGGCAAAUCAACCAUGGGACAUCACACACCUAGAAGAAAGAAUGGCAGCACCCAGAUAUUGAAGGAACUCUCAAGGCACCACAGCCACAUCAUCGUAAUGAGGUUGUUAUGGUGCCUUCAGUCUCCUGGCACCAUAUCACCUUCUUGUGUUCGACUCUUUUUAAAUAGUUUAACACUAGGAAGUGACCCUGGCCUCUCCUGCAGUUCUGAGACUAAUACAGAAGUAUCAAAUAAAGCAGAAAAGGGGCAGCUGUGAUAGGCUGAUAGCAUUAGCCCAUCACAAGUGAAGGGUAAAAAUGUAAAUACGUUUACUUGCGAUAGGUGGCCGGUGAAGGUAUCAGCCAAAAACAUUAAAAAGUUGACAGAGGACUGCAGGCAACAUAACCACUUCGUAGAGCUGAAUUGGUUAUGAUUCCUGGAGUGUUUACUUAAUUUAUUUUAAACAAGUGAUAUUUUUUAUAGUAGGUUGAAAUGUAUCUGUUAUUAUUGUUGCAUCUAUUGCAUUCAUCAUACUCCCCCCAUACCAUCAUGUCUCUUAAGACCUAAACCCAUCAAAAACAAAAUUACAAAGAUUUAAAAGAACCAAAUACCGGUAUGAGCAGCAAAUGACAAAACGUGAGCUUAGGUGAACGCUGGGAAGUAUGGGAUGGGAAGAGAACGAAGUAUAUACAAAUGUGUUAAAAAUUAAUGUAAUGAUUAAAUUUUAAGUAAAUCAGUGGUGGCUUUGUUCAGUCUUUUAGAAGAGUACCGAGAUCUGUAUGAGUUACAGAGAGGUCGUCUAGAGAAGCAUAUCGCUCAUCUGACUGAGGAGAGGGAUCUCUGGAGUUCUGCUACAUACAGACUGGCAAGGAAGGUAAUUUUAGACAUAAGCAGUAUUUGUCAACAUGGCAUUGAUCACAAGCUCCAGCUUGUUCUCAUAUGAUAACGGUUUCUGACCAUAGAUCAGUAUUGCAUGUUUGUUUUCAACAUAAUCACAAUCCAAACAUGUGUUUCUGCCGUUAAUGUAGCCAAAGGAAGACAUUGUUAACGAUGUAAAAUCAGGCUAAAAAAUUCUUAGUUAAUAACUCUUCUCGGUCAAUGACAAAAAAAAAGAUGAUUUUUGUUAACAUCAAAGGUUGAAGGUUAUCGACAGCUAUGUUGCUAUCCUGGCAUCAUGUGCAUCUUGGUCAUCUGAGCUGUAUUUUCAAUAACCAUGUUAUUGUAGUUGCUGUAGUUAAUACAAAAUAUGCAUAAAAUAUAAUGAUUUGUAUACAUUUGCUACCUACAUAUAAAGAUUCAGUCUUUUGGUUUGAACUUAGAUUUCUGUUAUCCGUAAUUUAUUUUUUUCACACAAGCUUUUUUAAAAAAAAAAACAACAAAAAAAAACAAAACAUAGAUGACGUUUAAUGAUAAAGAACAACUCGGGGGCGUGCAGGGGAAACUAAAAUAUUUUCCGCAUAAAGGAAAACUCAUUGCAGUGCAAGAUGUCUUUGGGUGGGUGAAGUAACUCAUGUGUGUUUAAAACUGCUUUUAAGCCAUCUCAGAACACAAAGGCUAGUCGCUAUGUUGCUGUUGUACAAAUGCAUUGAAAUUUGGAUGGCAGUGAUAGUCUGAGAUCCAGACCUUCCCAGUGCUCGCAGCCUGUCUUUGCUUUCUACAUUUAGACAGAUUAAGAUGGAAUUACAUAUUAUUUUAUUAUGUGCAUCUCUGCUAAAAAUGUUUUAACAUGGCAGAGAAGCAUAUAAAUCUAUUUUUUUUGUACCAUGUAGGUAAUUGAAGAGAAUCAGCUAAUGCUGUGUCGCAGGAUGUACACAAGUGAGAAGAUGUGGACAAAGGUCAUCAGGCAUUUCAUUGUGCUUCUGGCAUCAAAUGUAUGUUAAUACACACACAUCCAGCAUUUCUACUUUGUGUUUAGCUCUUUUGGCACCAGCUGGUUGAACAUGAGUUGCCCAACCAUCUGGCACUGAUCCACUUUAACAGAAUCUGAAUUUUAAAGUCCAAUGCAUUGGUUAUGUGUCUCUAAACCUACAUGCUUUUAAUGUAUUCAUCUGCAGGCUGCAAACCUAGAUAAAAAGGCAUUGAAUGCAUAUUUAUCAGGGCAGAACAUCUUACUUCUUCUAGAAAGGAUCAUUUUCUGUCAGAAAUGUACUGCAAUAUUUUUAGCUCAGUGUGAACCUGAUCAGCUGUGAUAAAUCACCCGCCUUUUGUUUCUUAAAAUAUAGAGAAAUUAUACUUCAUUCAUAUAUUUAUCCUGUGAUAAUAGAUGUCCAUUUGUUUAAGAAAGAUAGUUAUGGCUUUCUAACAAUGUAAAAAUAUAUUUGGUCUUUAAAGUGAAUCAUAUAGAUCCUGAAUGCCUUUACAUUCAUCUUUAGAACUUGAAAAAUGCAUUACAUCUAGUUUUAUGUUUGUUUAAUAUUUUUUAUCAGUAAUUCUUUAUUAUUUAUAUGUAUAGUUUAAUUUUAUAAAAGUGAAUGCCGUAUAAUAUAGGUAGAAUAAUUUUUUGUCUAGUUACAUCUAGUUUACUACACAUCUUUCUGCCAUUUAGAUCUAAUUUGUCACUCCAUAGGACACAGAUGACCUGUCCAAAAUUCAAGAAACAACAGAGUCUUGGAGAGAACAAAUGGCACGUUUUGAUCAGGAGAUCCAGCGCAAUGAAGAGUCAUGCAAGGAGAAACUGAGGAGCAUUCGUAGUGACCUGGAGAAGAGACUGAGCUAUUUCCAACAGAACAUCUUGUAAUUUGAGUUUUUCUUUUUUUUUUAAUUCUUUUGCUUUUUAGUACUCAAACUCAGUGUGUGAACAUGCACAUUUUUAUUUUAAACUAACACUAUAGGCACCAAAACAGCUUUAGCUUAAUAAAGCAGUUGUGGGGUAUAGUGCAUACUCCUAUAGUCUCACUGCUCAAUUCUCUCCUUUUAGGAGCUAAACAAUUUUGUUUAUACAUCCCUUGGCACACCUCCCUGCAUGUGACUUGAACAGCAUUCUUAAACACUUCCUUUAAAGUGAGAUCUAAUGUUUAAACUUCUUUUAUUGAACAUUCUGUUUAAUGUCGAAUUUCUUCUCUCCUGCUGUUAAUAGCCUCUUAGAGCCUGUAUGAGCCUCCUGUGUAUGAUUAAAGUCCAGUUGACAAAGCAGGAGAUAAAACCUUUAAAGCAAAUUAACAUCUGAUUGAAAGUAAAAAAAAAAUUUUCAUGCAGGCUGAGUCAGUCACGGUCAGCAGAUAUGUUGCUAGGGCUGCAUAAACAGAAACAAAAGUGAUUUAACUCCUGAAUGGCAGAGAAUUGAGCACCUAGACUACAGGUGCAAGCUCUAUACAGUAAAACUACUUCAUUAAGCUAAAGUUGUUUUGAUGCCUAUAGUGUCCCUUUAAGUACCCCAAAAUGACAACAUUUGUAGAAUUGUACACAGUCAAUAGCAUCCUUUAAAGUAGAUAAUACAAAUAACUAUAUUAAUCUGUAUAAUAUGAAACAAAGUCUAUUAGGCUUAUUCACUACAGUGUGACUUGUUUGGCAAUUCAAAGUUAAUUCUAAAUUGUAUACUUAGUACAGAUUAAGGAACAGCGCACAGAUAAAUAUACAAAUUAAAAUCUUCUAUCUCAGGGGAUUCAGUUCCAUCCUAUGGCCAUAUUGUGUUAAACCAACCACUAUGUCACAGUACCCUGAUAUCGGUAGGUCUGUAAAAAAAAUACAGUCUCAAAACUAUGUAAUUAAAGUGAUAGUGCUUUUAUGUAUUUACUCACAAUGCAUAUCAUAUAUCUGCUCUAUAUAAAAAAAUAUUAUUAAAGCAACAUGCCUAUCCAAAACCUUUAAAAGGCCUUCUGAUCCAGGGAGCGGGUGCCCAACCCAAAAGGAAUCUGGUUUGGACUCCAAAAAUACAUAGAAAAAUAAGGGAAAUUGGGGGCACACCCAGAACACGCAUUUCUCACAAGUGGUGCUACCGUAAAGACCAAAAUGUAUACAAAAUACAGAUUAAGGAACAGCACACAAUUUUACAAGGUUACCUAAAAUCUCCUAUCUCAGCAAACAAAUAUUGGGAUUCAGUUCCACCAUAUAGCCAUAUCUUAUUAAAAGACCACUAUAGUGCCAGGAAAACAAAAUCGUUUUCCUGGCACUAUGUGGUCUUUAGGUCCCCCCCCCACCCUCAGGGUCCCACUCUCGUCGGGCUGAAGGGGUUAAACUCUUACCUUUCUCCAGCGCCGGGCUCCGUUGGCACUGGGGAACUCUCCUCCCUCUUCUGACGUCAUCCGCCGAAUGCGCAUGCACGGCUAGAGCCACGUGCGCAUUCAAUCAGUCCAUAGGAAAGCAUUUCUCAAUGCUUUCCUAUAGACGUCAGCAUCUUCUCACUGUGAUUUUCACAGUGAGAAGCGCGGAAGCGCCUCUAGCGGCUGUCAAUGAGACAGCCAUUAGAGGCUGGAUUAACCCUAUUGUAAACAUAGCAGUUUCUCUGAAACUGCUAUAUUUACAGCUGCUGGGUUAACAAUAGAUGGACCUGGCAUCUAGACCACUUCAUUGAGCUGAAGAAUUCUGGGUGCCUAUAGUGGUCCUUUAACCCCUUAAGGACCAAACUUCUGGAAUAAAAGAGAAUCAUGACAUGUCACACACGUCAUGUGUCCUUAAUGGGUUAAACCUAACCAUGGUUAUUAGGGUUCGGUAAAUUCUUGGCAAAUUUAAAAUCACUGUCACAAGGGCUGGAGCAGGUGAAGUGCAGGCAAAUAGUUAAUUAUAAAUAGUAAAAAUCUCUUGCUGUGUUUAGCCUGUUUCAAGAUUUUUUUUCCAAAGGAAAAAUCUACACCUGUUUUAAAGUGAGUGAGUCAUGUCACUUACAUUUUCACAUUAUAUGGGGUUUCCUAUAUUUUUCCCCAAUCCCUCCUUCAAUUUAUCACUUUGGUUGUCCAUGCUGAGAAUAUGUUCAAAGUGUAAGAGAAACGAACUGUGAAAAAAAAACCCCAUGAAUUCUAUGUGCCCCCUUAAGAGCAUUAACUGGUAUCUUGGAGGAACGGUAGACACCAGCAGUGAGGGCAAAAUCAUAGCUACAAACCCUGGUGUCAGAUAAACUGUUCUAAUGGAAUUCUACAUCCCUAACAUUUCUUCUAGACUAGUGGGGAUGUGCUAUGCUUCCAACAGUACUUAGAUAAAUAGCUCUAUUCCCUGCAGCUUUCUCAACAGAAGGAUUAUAAUUAACCUGACGUGCCUUUAUUCUUUAAUGAAUAUUUAUGUAUUUUCUUUCGUUGCGCUGCCAGCAACUGUACUUAAAUAUUUAUGUUUUUGUUUAUGUAUGGAGCUGACUUGAAUAAUAAUAAUAAAAAAAAAAAACUACCAACCACAACUUAUGGAAAAUGUUUCCCUAUAGUAGAGUUCGUUAUAGAAAUCCUUGCAACAAUGACGUCUGAUGAAUGGACACUAGAUCAAAACGUGAUAUAUUUUAUUAAAGUUUUUAAUUUUUUCUGAUAGGACCCCAAUUUCUUUUAACUCCAAAGUGCUCUUAUUGAUUUCUGAUUUUAGUUCUUGUAAAGCUUUUUCAAAGCAUCUUUCCAUGAAUUCAUAUACUGUGGUAUGACCUUCUUGAUUCACUUCAAAAUUCAUGGAGUCAUCUGUUUCUUUAAGAUCUAUAACUUUUGAAGCUUUAUUCGCUUGUGGAGAGAAAAUUUUUCUUCGCCCUUUUCUUUCUUAGAGACUAUAUUAUUGGGGUUUUUUUUAGAAGCCAUUUGUUGCACUGUUUAGUUACCUUUCUUUAUUUUUCAGAAGUGUCUGAUAAUCACUGUUAUUGUAGAUUUAGAGCUGUUUAGUAGACCUUUUUUCUUUAUUUUAUAUCAGACUCUUUGUCUUUCUUUUUUUAAAUUUCUUUUAUGUGGGUUAUUUGCAGUAUAUUUGCGGUGCAUAGAGUGUAGUUUUUUUUAAGCAAGCAGACGUUGUUGCUUAUUGCUGUAAUUAGAGAACAGCGUGCAAUAUACAAUAUACAGACCUUUUUUUACAGUAUUUUCUUGAUUGUCUCGUUUCUGCAGAAUGCCAAAACCAACUUGCUGCUUUGUUAUUUUUUAUUACUUUUUUUUAAAAAACUUUUUUCUUUCCUUUCCCCCUUUUUUAUGCCUCCUAAUUUUAACUUUAAGUACAGUUUGAAAUGUGGACUCACUGUGUUAGGCAAACAGCGUGCAGCCGACAACAUGCAGAACUUGAUAUCCUCCCAGUUAUUUUGACUCUGGUAGAAUAUCGCAGCUACUCCACUGCCUCUGCACUUCUUUGCUCACCACGUUUGUUUCCCCUUCAUAUAACGGCCCGCUGUUAGAUCAGUGUUGGAAUUUUUCCUAGUAUUCUCCAAAACGUUAGCUUGAAGUUUAGUCCAGCUGCUCACUCUCCGCCUUCUGUGUGCCGUAAGGUGCCACUUUCUGCUACUUGCUCCUAGUCACUCACUCUCUUAGCUCCAAUCACCUCCGAUCUCCCGCUCCCGCUCUGCUGCUAGUUUUCGCGCUCAGCCGAAAUCCCCCGCUUCUCGCAGCGUGCGUCUACGUCAUCACGCUGCGCUCCUCUUAAUCCAGAUAAUAUUUAAAUAAAAAUUGCUGGGCUUCUAAAUAGGGGCAUAAGGAACACAAUUUGCUCUCACAAUAGGGUGUGACUUAACACUUCCAGUGAUUCCAUUGUGCACGCCUAUAAUGAUACACAUAUAUAUAUAAUAUGUAUUGUCUUAUAGACCUUGUAAGUGUAUCUAUUUAAUUUUGUUUAAAUUCUUAUUUACCCAGCGUGGACUUUCAAUACCAUGAAAUACCUGAAGAUAUGACUGUGACAAUAUUGCAGGACUUGAAGAGUUGGGAAAAGGUAUGAAAGUUUGAUAGUGAAGCAAGCCAUAUGAUAAACAGAAUAUAUCAUUCACACUUGUUUCAUGAAAAAAACAACAAUGUUAUAAAAGCUCAUGUUGUGAUAGUUCACACUGCUGUAGCACAAGGUCACAGGUUUAAUUUAGCAAGGUUAAUGCAGCCUUUCCUCCAUCUAAGGUUAAUUAAACAAUUACCCUUGAGCUGAGUAAGAACCGCUAUACCACGGGAUGUACGUAUUAACAGGAGAAAAGUAACAAUAUACCCCUCCAUACCUCCCUGCUGUCCUUAUUUAGAAGGAACAGUCCUUAUUUUGGGCCCAAAUCCCUCUGUCCCUCUAUCUUAAUAUCCCUCUUUUCUAGGAGCUCCAUUUUGUUGGUGUGUCGGAGUUAUAAUAGAGCUCCACAGCAAUAAUACUCACAUUAAUGUGUCUUUAAAGGAUCACUAUAGUGUCAGGAAAACAAAGCGGUUUUCCUGACACUAUAGUGCCCUGAGGGUGCCCCCACCCUCAGGGAACCCCUCCCGUAGCGCAGAAGGGGUUAAAUCCUCUUCAGCAGCUUACCUUAAUCCAGCGCUGGGUUCCCUCGGCGCUGGUGACCUCUCCUCCCCCUGCCGACAUCAGCUCCCCCAUCUGACGUCAGCGGAGCCGAAUGCGCAUGCGCGGCAGUGCCACGCGCACAUUCAAAGUGUCCAUAGGAAAGCAUUUAUUAAUGCCUCCAGCGUCGCAGAUGUGCCUCUAGUGGUUGUCCGGAAGACAGCCACUAGAGGUUGGCUUAACCUCAAAUGUAAACAUAGCAGUUUCUCUGAAACUUCUGUGUUUGCAUCUGAAGGGUUAAAACCUGAGGGACCUGGCACCCAGAUCACUUCAUUGAGCUGAAGUGGUCUGGGUGACUAUAGUGUCCCUUUAAACUACAAUAAUUGUGUUUACAAAUCAGGCUGUGUAAAUAAGAUACAUUGUUCUUCUUCUAAAUUAUAUUGCCAUUGCACAAAUAGUUUUUAAUACUCACAUAAUAUUUCUCAGAACAGCUUACCCCUCUACAAUUAAAGUGUCCCCCUUUGUCGAUAUGAAAAGUUGGGAGGUAUGCUUUCAAUACUUCUGAUAAUAUCAUUAGUAUUGUUGUUGUUGUUAUUAUAGCAAAGUUUUAGUUUGAUAUGCAGCCUGCAGCUAAAUGUCGCUAGUGAGAGUUUCACUUGAUAGAAUAUUAAUCAUGAUUCCCCCUGUACAGUUCCAUUUAAUAAAAUAAAUAGAGAUACAGAGUCACAACUUACGUUUCCCUUUGAAUAACUAGAUGUUGAAUGAAGAACUACAGCAGUUUGAAGGGAUUUUGCUACUGAACAAUCAGGAGUUGUUGAAGACAGCAGCAAAAAUUCAGAAGCAUUGGGUUGAUCUGGCACACAAACUGCUCCAAAGACAUCGAACCAUUGAUGGAAAGGAGGCUCCCGAACAGAAAGCAAUGGAAGAAGUAAAUAACAGAGUGUCUGAACUGUGUGAACAGUACAGAAGACGAGUUGAGGGAGAAAAUGGUGAGUGAUGACAGAGCAUUUUUUUUGUAAUAUACUGAUCUGAAAGAUAUUGUAUUUUGAUACUAUUGUAACUUCAGAAUUAUUUAAAAUAGACACAUGGGGUAAGUAACUUUCAGCACUCCACAUGUUGUGGAGUACAUCGCCCCUGAUGCUUUGCUUCCAUUAUGGCUCUCAGAGCAUUCUGGGAGAUGUGGUGAAUAACAUCUGGAGUGCCAGAGGUUGACUACCCUGUCCCCUGCUAUAGACAGUGCUCGUGUUUAUACCUUUUUAUAUCUUUCACAGUGCUAAGUGAACUCAUUGUUAUACUAAUAAUCAAAUAAUCAUUUUUAAAUGAACAACCAAUAAAUACCACAUGAAUGCUUCUCAAUUUGCAGUUCCCUUGUAGAUUGGCCACCCAAUGACAAACCGUUCUAAACCGCAAACCAAAAAUAAAGAGGUACAUGAAAAAAUAUAUACUCUGUAGUUUUAUAACUCAUUCUGACACUUCAACUAUUCUCAUAACCCACAAGGUCACUAACAUUGACUGCAGAACAUUUAGCAAAGCAAAAUAUGAAGGUAUUUAAUUUUCCCAUUGUAAGAUGGUUUUCUCAUUGUAUCCCCAUAUAUACUACAAGAAACGGUAUUUGUAGUGUAAUAUCCCUUUAAGAGGUUUAUUACAAAGUAUAGUAAGAAUAAAUCUCUAAUUUAUAGAAGCACUUAAAGAGAGAAGGCAUAAUGCAUAAAAUACAUGAAAGAGACCCUCACCUCACACUUUUUCAAGAGUGUCAGUAUGUUUUCUAACCUACUUUAUAUAUUUCUGGGUUUUAUUUCCAAUUUAACAGGUGUUUCGAGAGCCUUGAUGUCAUGUUGUAGUAGUUUGGGAAAUUGGACCGCACAUCUUUCUGCUCUUAAAGCAACGACACCUGAUGGGAUCAGAGCAUCAGAUUGGAUGAAUAUCUACCAGUUAAUUCCCGAGUGGAUUUCACUUGCAGAUAAUGCUUUAGAGCUGAUCGGCAGUUCUACGUCAGAUACAGAACCCUCGCUGAAUCCACCUGAAAAGUAUGGCUCAUACCUUAAUAUAAUAUAGAUUUAAAGUUUCAACAUUACGUUUCAGACAUACUGAAACCUACAGAAAAAGAUUGAUUUGGUCCAUAGAAAAGAAGUAAUUAAUUUCUGCCUAAACACAUGUGCAAGUCUUUGUUUUGUAUUUGUUUUUAUUUUAAUUCGUUUUGUGUUUUAUUAUAUUUAUUUAUAUAUAUUUGUUUCUGUGGAAUCAAAGUGAAUAUUUGAUUUUAGGCUAAAUUAGCCACAUUGAAAAUAUUCCCCAAGACAGUUAUGUUUUUAUUUUAAACUAUUUUGACUAAAAGUGAUGUUUGUUGUUUUUAUAAUUUGUUCAGAAUUGUAUUAAUAUACAACUCCAGAACUGGUGUGCUACAUCAAAGGGCACAUUUGGCUCCAGUUUUGUGUAAAUAUAGUGCAGACUUUAAAUGUUAAAAUGGUGCUAGUUUUGAUCACUGCGGCAAAGUAGCACUCGUGCUGUGCAUUGUAAAAAGGGAUUGCUAGGGCACACAAGACAAUUGUCACGCAUGCUGGGUUUUGUGGCAAACAAAGCAGGGCUGAGUAGUGUAGGUCUAUGAAGAUUAACAUGUGGCUAUAAUUUGUAACUUCUGGCACACUGGUUGGACACAGUUGUGUUUGUACAUUUUCUUACUGCUCUGAUCUGUAGUAGAUUACAAUGGGCUUUACUCAAUGUUUGAAUGCUUUUUUUGCAACUGAGAAAAUUACAUGGAGAGUAUCCUUUCUUUUCCUGAGCAACCUGCAUAGUUUGCAUUAGAAAUCCAUUAACUGUUGGCAGAAGGCAUGGCAAUCACACUAUUUACUUAACUAACCAGUGGCUACCUGUGAAACUUCAAGUUGGUGAGGCACCAGACUGGACACAUGGAUAUAACUCUGUCCCCUCUGUUUCUGAAUUGUUUUAAUUAUGACUAGAAAUACAUGUAUGCAGUACUAUUAUCUCCAAAAUAUGGAACCACAUAGACUUAUAUGCCUAUUAAUGAGUGAAAUGAUUAUUGUCAUGAAAUUUGAAGCUAUACUCUCCAUUACAGGUAUAAUACAGAGUUAAGCCACUAGAUGCCGCCAUAGGAUUUUAGAUUUUUUUUAUGGUAAUUCACAUGCUUUAUUAAAAUAUAUAUAUUAUUAUUAUUAUUAUUGCCAUUUAUGAAGCGCCAACAGAUUCCUUAGUGCUUUACAAUAUUAUGAGAGAGGGAUUUAGCUAUAUGUAGGACAAUUACAAAAAGCUUACGGGAACAACAGGUUGAAGAGGACCCUACUCAAUCGAUCUUACAUUCUAUAGGAGGUGGGGUGUAAAACACAUUAGGACGGGGGGGGCGGAGUCUGGAAGCGAGACGGGCCAGACGCCAUUUCUGCGGGCUCCGACAUCCACGGACCUAAUCUGGCGAAAAUCAGCCCACAAACCUGCCAUCCAGCCACACGACCACCGGCAUAUUACGGGGGAGAUCCCCCGGAAUCGAUCGAUGCCCUUCAGGUACACCCCGAAGCAGGCAAAGCCUAAACUACGAGCCCGGGCCUACCUCCCAUCAGCCCACCACGGCCUGGAUUACCUAUCAGGCGGGGACUUCCUAGAUGACGCGUGGGACACAUCUCGGCACAGCUCCGACCAAGGAACCUCAGGGAUGGGGCGCAGAUCCCAGAAACUACCAACAGUUAUAGAUCAGCCUGAUAUAGGCAUUAUGCUUCAGAGGCAAACACCCGCCAAAAUGGCGGCCGCACAAGGCCCUGACUCCCCACAAGAGUCUGCCUCAGGGGAGCAAAGCACUCACGGGGUUACAUGGCUACAACCCACACCCCAGCAGGGUACCACCGACCCAGCCACCAAACAGGACCUACAGCAUAUGCAAAACAUGCUGCAGGAAAUACAAAGCCUACUAGCUGCAGAUCUACCUACCCUUAAAACCAGCAUGCAACAAAUCACUGAAAAGGUAGUGCACACUGAGAGAGAAGUGCAGGGGAUUCAAAGAGAAAUCACCUCGCUGCAAGACUCCCUCUUACAACUACAACACAAUCAACAAAACUUAGAGGUACAACUAGCAGCCCAAGAAGACAAACACGCAACAACAUUAAAAUCCGAGGAAUCCCUGGCACAGUCUCCAAAGAGGACCUACCUCACUAUGUGAGACGGCUCACGCAAGCUAUACUUCCCCCUGCGGUGGCAAGGAAACUCACCAUUGCCGGCAUAUACCGACUACCCACCCCGACAAAAGCAUCUACUCCCCUUGCAGGAGACGUCAUAGUCCGCUGCACCCUUCCCCAAGAUAGGGGACACAUAAUGUCGGCACUCAAGGGCAAGACGCCACUCAACUUCGAGGAGUCUCAAUUGACUUUUUUCCAGGACUUAACCAGAGCCACUCUCCAAUGGCGAAGGACCCUUAGCGACUUCACCAGCCAGUUACGCUCCGCGGGCAUACCAUAUCGGUGGGGAAACCCACGCCACCUCCUGGUUACACAUCAAGGAAACACGUACAGAAUCGCUACAGGUCCCGACGCUGCCGCACUACUACCAAAACUGGGUCGGCCAUCCAAGAACACCCAGAACACCACCCCGGCCUGGGAUCCGGAGACGAUCGAGCCGUUUAUCCCGAGGACACGGAGAAUGGACACUCACGCCACAUGACGGGAGUGGGGGGAGAAGUCUCCUACCCCGCCCCACUCAAGGGCUAAAAAUUGCAAAUUUUCUUUUCUUUAAAAGUUUUUUCUCCUAUUCCUUUUCAUCCUCUGCCACUUAAGCUAUGUUGAUAUCUCACUAGUCACUAUGACGCUCUAAGAACCCAUACGACGCGCUGAAAGCCUAUCAGAGUUGGCGCUGGCACACCAGUGCACUAAAGUAAUAUGCACUACCAGACAGAACACAACUCCCCCCCCGACAGCCCCUAGGUUAGGGUUAAUACCCCUCGAGAGUAACUCGUACAGACCAAGGACAAGGCCUCCUGACAAGAUACUCUCACGACUACCCGACUGACACCACAGACCACUAGGUAACAACACAGAUAGACUUAGCAUUCUGAAUUUAAAAAUAAAAAAGGUUUUAAGCAUUAUGCAUAAUAAAUCUGGAGUACACAGUUCACAACCUGGAUAGGGUGGCCUAGGUGAUAUGGAGAGGUCAACAGCUAGCAACUUUCCUGUCCUACCUCUACCCAUUUGCAAACAAAACUGUACUCAUGGGAUUGCUCGAAGGGGGAGUGGACUAGAUAAUUGGCUAACUACUCUCCAAAUUGCCAAAUCCGGUUAGAAAGCCGUAGGUACCGAUCUCCAUACAGGUCUCCACUUGGAGGGUCAAUCUGAACUGACAGCAUUAGCCAAAUUUGCUCCAGAAGCAUAGUUUAAUCCCAGUCUGUGAGAACCAAUGGACACAUACACCUAAGAUAAAAGGCGACUGGGCAGUGUGAAUUUUAAAGCAAAGCCUACCCGUGGCUUAGACAGGCACUAUCAUAUUGAUCAGUCAGAUAAUACCCAGACGCAAGUCUAUACUUAACAGGAAUCUCGCAUGGUGGCCAUUACGCACACUAGCCCUUGCUCCCUAACCUGAAGGUCUCCUUCCGAACAUAAUCUCUCACACGCCCGUUGGCACAGUGCUAGACCAUUAACCACCCUGCUCAUACAAAUAUAAAAAUGUGCAAAGUUAUUCCUGCCAUACAAAUGUAUUUAUAUGUCUACCAAACUCCUGGCGAUAGCUGUUGUGGCAUCGCUAGAAAACUGUUACUUACCUAACCUGUGCACGAAAAAUAAAGAAUAAAAAAAAAAAAAAAAACACAUUAGGACAGGAAUUUGCAGUCAAAUAAGGUGGGCUGCCCUUUAGGAGAGAGCAAGAGACAGGUAUGUGAGGUAGAGGUUGGUCUUGGAGGCCAUAAGCUUUCCUAAAUACACACACACAGUGGUACCUUGGUUUACGAAUUUAAUGCGUUCUCCUGGACUUUUCUUAUUGUGAAAAAUUUGGAAACAAAAACGUGGUUUCCCAUAGGAAUGCAUUGAAAAUCAAUUAAUCUGUUCGAGAGGUCAGAAAAAAGUCAAAAUGAGCUGGCAUGGAAACCAACCCACAAUGCAGAACACACAGUAAAAGGCAUGCAAACGACGAAGCUCAGCUCCUUACCUUUCCACCGUUUGAGAAAUGCACCCAAAAAGUAAAAAAAAAGGCCCAAAACCGCUGCAAAAAAAUUCCAGAAUGACUCCAAAAUUCGAUGCACACUCGACGCCAGGUGCUACCCACAGACUCCAGCAGGCACGGGGGCGGCACUAUAAACCUCCCAGGCGCAAUGUAUCCUGGGGCAGCUUGCUUCAUAUUGCGAAAAAAAUUUGUACACCGAGGCAUUAUUUUCAAUGGAUUUUCCCUUAUAAAUCGAAAAUUAUGUUAACCGAGGCGUUUGUAAACUGAGGUACCAUUGUGUUUGUUUGUAUGUGUCUGUGUGUGUGUAUAUAUAUAUACAUACACAGUGUAUUUAUAUACAAUAAAUAAAUAUUUUAUAACUACAUAGUUACAUAUACUGAAAAGAGACAUAUGUUGUCAAGUUUAGCCUCUCUCACAUCUGUUUUUGUUGUUGAUCCAAAAGAAGGCCAAAAACCCAGUUUGAAGCUCAUACCAAUUUUGCAACAAACUAGGAAAAAAAUGUCUUGACCCCAGAAUUGCAGUCAGAUCUCUCCUUGGAUCAAGAGGCUAUUAUCCCCCAAAUUAAAAAAUAUAUAUCCCUGAAUAUUAAAGCUUUUUCCAGUUGCUCUUUGAGCAGAGAAUUUACAUUUACAUUAAAAAACCAAAACCUUUCCUUUGCUCCUUUCUUCCAGUCUAACUUCAUGACCUUGUGUUCUAUGGACAGUCCUGUUUGUGAAUAGAAUUCCAGACAAUGUUUGUAUUAGCUCUGAAUAUAUUUGUAUAAUGCUAUCAUAUCCCGUCUGAGGUGCCAAUGUUUCUAAACGAAACAGAUUGAAAUUUGGUAACCUUUCUGCAUGACUAAAAUGUUCAUUUCUUUUAUUAAUUUUGUAGCCCUGUUUCUGCCCUUUUUCUAGUGCUAUAAUAUCCUUCUAGAACAGGUGCCCAGAAUUGCAAAGCAUAUUGGAGGUGUGGUCAUAGAUUUAUAAAGAGGAAAAAUUUAUAUUUUCAUCCCGAAAAUUAAUGCCGCUUUGUGGCAACUGCUGAUUGACAUUGCACAUGCUGCCUAGUUUGUUGUCUAUAACAAUUUCCAAAUUCUUCUUGUGUGUUGUGAUCCCUAAUUUACUAGGUUGUAAGUUGCUUGUCCAUUCUUUGUAUAUCUGUGUGUGGCAGCAGUGAAUAUCUGUGUUUUUGUCUUUUAUGACCGUUGUAUCAGCGAAUGUGUCUGGAAUAUCUGUGUGUAUGUGUGUUUGCAUGAACGUGCAUGUAUCAUUGUAUAUAUGUCUGUGCAUGUGGGUAUUGGUAUGUGUGGUCCAAGAAAGCAGCAUAACUGCAAUGAGGGUGAUAUGGUAUGGACAAUGUCAUGGCAAUGUGACAACAACUAUUAUAAUCAUAUAAUAUAUAUUUCUUUACAACACUAUUUCCUUGCCUGUUACUUUGUUAUUUGGUAAACGAUUUCUUAAAGUUUUCCUGUCCAACCAAAAUAUUUGUUUUUGUUUCGCAUACUGAAACGAAAAAUACAUUUACACAUUACUUCUCAAGUCAUGAAAAUUACUUGGAUUCUGGAGGUGGAUUUUUUUUAAAUUUAUUUUUGCAAUUCGCUUGGUAGUGAAGGGGAGAGACAGAAACAAGUAUUUUUCUAACACAGAGUUAGGAAGUAUAUUAGUAGUCAUUCCAAUAUUAAUAGAUUCAUUUUUCUAUUUAAAAAAACAAAACAUUUUGUGCAGUAAAAACUGGUGGGGCGAUACCUCAGCUGCCUUUAUGGACAAGACUCCACUGCAACUGACUCUAAAUCCCAAGUUAAGCAGAAAAUGUCACCUAGACUGCAUUUGGGAAAUUUUGCUAGGGACUCUAAAUUAGUAUUUUAGUUUAGUUCCUGGUAAAUUUCAUCUGAAUUUUAGCUUCUGGGUGGCUCCAAAUUAGCUGCUGCAGAUUUUGCCUUAGGUAAAUAACCUAACCAGGGCCGCCAUCAGAAAUUGUGGGGCCCCUAACACAGCUCAAGGUCUGGGCCCCGCCUCCAAAUCCCACCCACAAGAAUACACAGACACACACACAGAAAGAUACACACAUACUAACAGACACAAAUACUGAUACAGACAUACACACAUAUAGACACAGAUACAGAUACACACACAUACUGACAUACACACACACACACAUACAGACAGACAUACAUACAAACUGACAUACAUACACAUAAAUUUAUACACAUACAUACUGAUAUAAAUACAUACACACACUGAGAGAUAUAUACAUACACAGAUACAUACAGACAUACUGACAUACACACACACACACACACACACACAGACAUACAUGCAUACUGACAUACAUACUGAUAGAUAUAUACAUACACACAUACAUACAUACAUACAUACUGACAUACACACACAUACAGACAUGCAUACAUAGAGACAUAUAUAUAUAUAUAUUUAUAUAUAUAUAUAUAUACAUACUGACAUACACAGACAUACAUGCAUACUGACAUACAUACAUACUGACACACACACACACAGACAUAUAUACAUACUGACAUACACACACAGACAUACAUACUGACAUAGACAUACAUACAUACUUGCAGAAACAUACACAGACAUACAUACAUACUGACAUACACACAGACUUACUGACAUACACACACACACAGACAUAUAUACAUACUGACAUACACACAGACAUACAUAUACUGACAUACACACACACAGACAUACAUACAUACUGACAUACACACACACAGACAUAUAUACAUACUGGCAUACAUACUGACAUACACAUACACACAGACAUACAUACAUACAUACUGACAUACACACAGACAUACAUACAUACAUACUGACACACACACAGACAUACAUACAGACAUACAUACACACAUACAUACUGACACGCACACAGACAUAUAUACAUACUGACACACACACACAGACAUAUAUACAUACUGACACACACACACAGACAUACAUACUGACAUACACACACAGACAUACAUACUGACACACACACAGACAUAUAUCCUGACAUACAUACAUACACACACACACACUUAAUUUAUCAGCCACCCUCCUCUUACCUUUAAGUUGCAGGAGGGUGGCUGGGGAUGAAGGGAGUGGAUGCCUCUGGUGUCCUCUCCUGGCCUCCGCUCUCCCUCUCCUCCGCUCUCCCCCCGCACGGAUUAAGCUGGGAGGAAGUGACCGGCCGUAACUUCCUCCCAGCAGCAUUUGUGGUGCAGCCGCAAUUUUUUUUUUUAAAGGGGCCCGGUCGCACAAUUACCCGGCCGCAGCGCUGACAAGGCCCCUGAAGAUUAUAGGGCCCAUCGGGUGGCCCUAAAUGCUUGGGCCACCUGAUGGGCCUCGGUGCAGAUGCACCUGCGGCAGUUUCGCCGCUCCACGUGGGGCCCGGGCCGCCGGACCCGUGACAACCAUUAUGGUUGUCACCCCCUGAUGGCGGCCCUGAACCUCACACAGGGUUAUUCAAUAAAGUGAGAAUUUAAAGCCAAUACUGGAAGCAUUACCAACAAAUAAGUAUAGUUAAAAACAUAUACCACCGGGGGCGCCACAAUCACAAACAUGUGAAUAUAUUUACCACAUCAUAGUCAUGAAUGUUCAUGUAAAGAGAUAAAAAGCAGAAAAUAUAUAGUGAAGUGUUUAAUAACAAUUAAAACAAAAUAAUAAAAAGCAAGUACACUCACAAAUAUAGUUGCACAACAAGGACUUAUGUCUUAGUUGUGCUGAAAAGCUUUACAGCCCUUUCCUGGGCUAGAGUCCCUUCUUGUAGCAGGAUCCCAGUGUCCAAAGUUCUAAGGACUUCCAAUAGUGAUUCGCUCGGACCUAGAUGUGAUCCAAAAGCUGUAGGGACACUCACAAUCUUCCAAUUGCUCAACGCGUUUCGUCUAAUCGACUUUCUCAGGAGCUGUGUAUUUCUUCUUCUUCCGGCUUUUUAAAUGAUUGAGUUCGCGCGGCUUUCAUUAUUGCGCGCAUGCGCAUUACGGUAAAACUUUACCGCGCAUGCGCGCACAUUCAGCCUGGAACGCAAACAACUUUAUUGAUGUUUUGUGCCGGCGAACACAUUUCCGUACUCGACCACCUGGUCUUACGGAAUGAAAUGUGGGCACUUAGAACUCAUUUAUAUCAGUAAUAUAUAAUUCAUCUAAUAAUAAAAGAACAUGUUGUAUAUACACUUUAUAAUAAAUUAAAAACACUAAAAGUAAAUUACAUAUUUCAUCCUUAGUAUUCAAAAAUAUUAGAAAUCUACAACUGAAAAUAGAUUUACAGGAGAUUAAAAAUGAUGAUUGAACAUACUAUAGAAGGAAAAAAGAGACACAAUGUUACAUUUUAUACAAUAUUAUGUAUACAAAAAAUGUUUUUCUUUUUCUUUAUCUAUAUAUAGCAAGCUAUAGAGAUGAUCAUUUCAAGCUUAAUAAAAACAAUAUAUAAUGAUGAACAUUUUGUUUGGCUAAGGGACAUGGCGAAAACGUCAAAUUCUUUUAAAAAUACUAUAAAAAUAAUAAUAGUUACUAGAAAAAUAAAAUCUAAUAAAACUUCUAUGGAAACAAAAACAUUUUAAUAUUAAAAGAUUAAUAGAAAGGAGCUCUCUAAAAACCCUAAAAUACUAUAAAAUUCAAUCCAUAAACACUAAUAAAUCCAGAUCAACAUUUAGACCUCUUGGAGAAGUGGUUUUGAGUUUGUGAAUCCAUUCUGUUUCUUUCAUAGCUAGCGCUUUUUCUGUAUCACCCCCUCUCCAAUGGGGGAUUAUCGUAUCGAUACCUAUACAUCUAAAAUCUUGGAAGCUAAAAUGAGUACAAUUUAUACAAUGUUUGGGAACACUAUGUUUUAUGUUCCCUCUUUUUAUACCAUUAAAAUGCUCCAAGAUUCUAAUAUGUAGUUUUCUUAUUGUACGACCUACAUAUUGUAUACCACAUUUACAUUCAAGAAGAUAAAUUACAUUUUUUGUUUGGCAACUUAUAAAAUUCUUUAUUUUAAAAACUUCUUUAGUGGCACUACAUGUAAAUUCUGUUGUCUUCUGUUUCUGGAAUCUGCAUGUGCUACACUGUCCACAUUUAAAAAAACCUUUUGGUUUUUCUUUAAGAAAAUUAUUAACAUUAUUACCAGAAGUAACUUCUUCUUUCAUGGUUUUGAUGCGAGGUAAAGCGAUUGGAGCUAAAAUAGAUUUAAAAUUCUGAGUCUUUUUAUAAAUGAUCUGGGGUUUGCUUGGUAAAAUGUUCUUUAAAAAUUGAUCUUGUUUUAAAAUAGGCCAGAAUUUCUUAAUAGUUUUCUCUACCAGAUGUGCUUUAUUAUUAUAUCUAGUUAGAAAGGAGAUGCUAUAAUCUUUCUUAUUUUUCUUAUAGAUCUUCUUAUUUUUUAAAAGUGUAUUUCUAUCUUUAUUUUCUAUCUGUUUCUCUGAAUUAGCCAAUAGUUGUGAUGGAUAAUGGUGGUAUAUGUUUUUAACUAUACUUAUUUGUUGGUAUUGUAACUGGGACUGGGAGUGAUCCCUAUUUCGGGGUGAUUAGCCUGCACUGGAUUUUGUACUUUUUUCCCACUUACUGCCCCUUUUUUAGAAUACUGGAAGCAUAACUGACAUAACUGGCCUUAAAUCUGAAAUUCACUUCAAAUACACUCUGAAUUCCCAACAAAACUCACUUUAGUAAAUAUCCCUGACAGUAUUUAAUGUUUGCCAUUAGUUACGUUAGUAUCUGAGGGCCAUGACCAGUUCCUGUGUGUUUUGUAGAAAAUACAGAGGCCUACAGUGCAAAGAAGCAACUUAUUAUAUAUAAGAUUAUAUAUAAUCUUAUUAUAUAUUGUGUGAGUUGUAUAUAAAUAAAUAUAAUAUAUAAGUUAAAUAUAAAGAGCAAUUUGGAGACAUAUGUCACAUAUCUUUCAUUACCACGGUAUUUGUUUCAUUUUGAUUUACAUAUUUAGUCAAACAUAAAACUGGAUCAAUUUGUGCAUCUGUUACAAAUGUAAUACAUGUAAACAUUUUGUUUUAACAGAAUAUUGCUGGAAGAUGUUUUCAGAAUGCUACAGCAAUGGGUUCUGGCCACAACUAAUGGAACCGAGAGGGAUGAUGUCCACCUUACGAAUGAGGUUUGUUCCAUAAAACCCGAGUAACAGCAUCCAUGAUUCUUUACAAACUUAGAAGCUAGUAAAGCAUUAUUGGUGUUGUGCCUUAAUGGCACCUUCUGCUGUAGAGGUAGAACGUGUGGAAUCAGUGAUGGACUUUGUGAAUUAAACCAGUGCUGUGUAUAAACAAAAGAUCUUGUCACAGUCCAUUAUACUCCUUAGAGAAGGAUAUCUCAUCCUGUAUUUUUAAAUAUCUGACUGGUCCUGUUUCCUCUUCCAGGCUACAACCCUUCACACAACAAUGGUGCAGUUUAUGGUCAAUACACUAAUGCUCCUGACUCCUGAUUAUUCUGCAGAGUCAGGAUUUGUCACAGAGGCCAAGGAGGAAGAACUAACUCUGCAGAAAAUACACGAAGAAGCACUUACACUAACACAAAAAGUGGAUCAUUUCUCCAGCUACAUUAUCAGGUAAGACAUAAACUGCAUUUAUAGUGGAAAUAUAUCUACUAAAAUACUGCAAACAUGCAGACCAGUAAAUCAGUCUGUAUCGCAUGUGUUUUCCUAUAUAUUAACAAAGACCUAUAAAAUAACCUGCAUACUUUCUGAGAUACUGUUCAUAUACACAGGAAUAUAGACUGAUUUGCAACUUGACAAGAUACGGGACAUAUACUUAAGACUUAUGGUCACCCUUACAAUUUGCAGAGCCCCAUGACAAUGUUGCUGCCUCUCCUCAUCCACUCACACACAUACACCAGUGACACAUAACUAGCCACUUAUAGACAUCUGAUUCAAAUGUGUAACUUGUGUAACCGUUCUAAUUAGAACGCAAUUAUACCCUAGCACCCAGAUGCAUUCUAGUGCACAUACAUAAAUACAAACUAGCAAAAAAAAAAUAGAAUUGGUAUUUAGGAAUCAGCAAAGCAUCCAAAAGGGAUAAGAUAAACCAAACAUAGUGAAUUGUAGUUGGAUAUAAUAAAAUAUGCACUCUUGAAAUGCACUCACAAUGUAUAUGAAAAUCUGCGCCUUGUGCUGUCUCCUUCUUUUGCUGGAGAUGUGGUCCACAAACAGUACGAAAGCUGAAAUUGAUUUAUUAAAUGCAAGAAUUUUUGAAAACAAUAUAAUAAACAAAUCAAAAUGUUGAAAUCUGUCCAAUGCGUUUGUGUACUUUCUAAGUGACUCAAUUAAAAUAUUAAUGCAAGCAAAAACACCCUUAGUUGUAAAACAGUCACAACUAAAUACAAACUAGCACUCUUGCGAUCGUACUAGCUGGUAUCCUGGUAUCACACACAAACAUACUAACUGAUUCACAUACAUCCCAACUCUAGAAGUGGGACACCGGAGGGAGGUAAAGGGGGCACGCCAGUGAAGCAAUUCCGUGACUGACUCAUCCCUAAAGGGUGCACACCCACCCGUAAAGUAGGGACUCUGUCUGAAUUACUGGCAGGUCAGCCUGUAGUGUAUGCGCACCAGUGCUUGUCCAUGAUGCAGGCCAGCACAAAGAUGGCAGACCGUGCAGGGAGCAUUCGUUCAGUGAAGGGUCCUAAUGCCUUGAACACAGCUCAAGCACAUUUAAUGCUCAUACUAUGCUUGUUGCGGACAGUUUCCUGAUGUCUCCUAAAGUGGGACACCGAGGAACUAAGUCAGGACUGUGGAACAUGACCUGGAAAUCAAGCUUGUCCUACCAAAAUAAUUUAGGACACAUGCAUACAUACAUUGACACACUAAUAUACACACCGAUAAACACACACUCACAUGCAUAAGUUGAAAUUGUAUUCUCACUCUCUCUCCUUACCUUAGUCGCUCUGUACGUUCCCUGGUGAAUAGUGUUUGAGGAGCAGAACUGUGCACUAGGCAGCACAACCUUUCAUCUUACUAGCCCUGUGGCUUGCUGUACAUCAGACAGGCAAUAGGUGCCAAAACAUGACCUUGCAGCAUUGCUGCCUGUUUCAGUGUUACUAGGCAGCUGGCAACAUGAUUGACAGGACCUCUGCACAGCCCGAACUGCUGUCUCUGGGCAACCACUGGUUAAUCUUAGUAAUAUUUGCUAAAUACUAAGAUCUUUAGCAAACUGAUAUGUAAAUUGCAGUCACAGAGAUACCUUAUCAAUAUAGAGAUAAGAAGGCUCCCUACAUAAAUCUUGCUGACAUAGUAAGGGGAUUGUAAAAAAAACAAAAACCAUAUUGUGAGAAAUAAAUAAAUAAACGCAAUACAACUGGUCCAAUUAAUUUUUAUGUUUGUUUUUUUCUUUAGUCAUACCACAGAUGCAAUUUACAGGCACAUUAUUCAGGCAUUCAUAAAAUGCAUUAACAAUUGCACAACAAUCUGUGGACACAAUUUUAUUAGGACAUGUAAGUUAAAAUGUGUCUCUUCCCAACACAGCUGUUGUCAGGAGCUGACAGAUACUAUUUCUGUGAAAGAGAAAUCUCUAGUCAAUGAUGACCCUGAAUAUAACCUUAGGGAGAUCGACACUAUCAAGGUAAGGACUGAAAAUAACAGAACUCCUGUUUUCAAACAGCAAAACCUGUAUUAACAUUUCAAAUGACUGUUACAUAGUUACAUAGCUGAAAAUAGACUUGCAUCCAUCAAGUUCAGCCUUCCUCAGAUAUGUUUUUCAGUUAAAACAUAUUAGUGAAUCAUAAAAAGAUAUUUUAUGUCCUCGCUCAGUCUGCCUUUUAUUUAAAUUUAAAAAUUUUUUUUUUUUUUUUUUUUUUUACUUGGUUCAUUAACAUAGGUUAACAUAUGAAGGAAAAUGACAAUACAAUCUUUGGGCAGAGCUUAAUGUUUCUGUUUCCCCAGAAUUCAUGUAAUGAGUGGAUUGAAACCUGCCGCCUGCUUGCUGCUCAUCUCACAGCAAAUCCUGGCCCGUCAGUGACAUCGCUCCCUCUAAAGGGCAUCAGUUCUCAGGUACAAGCUCCCUGUGAAGACCUACUUCUACUGUAUUUUAUUUGAGAGUAAGAGAUGCUAUAUAGGUCAGUACAGCAGAGUUGUACAUAUAGUAUCCUGUGGGAUGUACAGUAUACAAAGUAAAGCAGACUCCUGGCCAAUUCAGUGGUCAGUGUAGAAAGUGACACUGAAGACUUCUUGCGAACCCAUAGCUGUAUUGCUCAUUGUUACAAGCUGGUCUUUUUAUAUUAAGCUGUAAAUGCUCCGUAAUGCUGUAAUUGGUUUUCAAGUGCAAAAGUAAUAUGAGUUAAGACAGAAAAAUAAUUUCACAGGUGCCAACAUUGCGUGUGCGUACAGGGAGUAUUGCUUAAGUAUAUUAUUACCAGCAAAUAUUUAGAUGUUACACUGAGUAUUUUACAAACAGGUUUUUAGAUUAUUCUGAUGAAAUGUGAUGGUUCUCAACCCUGAUAUCAAUAUAAAGGUUGAGCUCCUGAUUGCCAACAUGGUGAACCCAGACUGGAUAUUUAAUCUCCACCUCAACUCCAACCACAGAAAAAAUGCAGAACCUGCCAAUGUGACCAAAGUUGAAAGAACCAGAUCCAAACUAACAAAUAGCUCCGAAAUUAUACAUGUAAAUGGGCCAAUAAUAUUCAUGGUGGAGCUGAUGUUUUGAGUUGAUGUCCUCACCUACCUACUGUUUCUGUGUCAUUUUGUAAAUGUCUAAUUUAUUGUUAGAUUUCUCUCCUUUCAUAAUAUUGUAAAGCCCUGCAGGAUAAAUUGGGGCUAUAUAAAUACCAAUAAUAAUACAGUAAUAAUGCUAAAAAAUGCUUUUCAAAUUUUUUUUUUAAAUGCAGACAAUGCAUGUGUUAUCUUGAACCACUGACAUUUAAAUCCAGUCUUCUAAUGGUUAUUUCAUUUUUUUUCAGAUGUGGAUCUUAAUUCAUGUUGGUAGAUAAAAGUAACAAACAACAUAGCAAAGAAAAAUAGUGCAGUGAAAUAAAAAUGGUCUAUUUAAUAUUUAGUGGAGCUACAGGAAAAGCAGAUCUAUAUUUUCCUCUAUACAUUACCAUACAUUAUACAACCAAUCAGGUCCUAUAUUAAUAUAUACAUUACUUACAGGAUGCGACAGUAAGACAUAACAAACUGGAAGAACAAACUGAUGAGAGAACUCUUCAAAGUGACAUCUUAAAGGAAGCUCUUCCUGAACAUAAUGAAUUACCCACCCUUGAGGUAAGAGUGUAUUUUUAACUUCCAGCCCCUGGCUGUGCACGUGUGUUUUUUUCGUAGCUUUACAUUCCUUAUGAUUGUAUGAUGCCACAUUGUGGGAUCUGCAAGAUGUGAUGAGCCAUGAACAUGAUUUUCAUAAAAAGACCCUCUAUAAAGAUGAAAUCAGACCCAUCCUUGAGGCAUAAAUAUAUCACUUGUGGCUAAGAGGAACCUCGUCUGUGAUAUGAUGAGAUUAUGUUUCUUUUCAGAGAGUAAUUCUAUACAUUGUAAAUGACCAACCAAAUAGCCACAUUGCAUUAUUUACAUAGAAUGUAAAAGAUCCUGUCUAGGAUCUAUGGUGUAAAUAUUAUAAGAUGCAGUAUACACCCUGAUCUUAGCACUGGCAGAAUCUGUCUUGUUUUAUGGCAGCUCUAUGUCACCCAGUUGACAUCUCUACUCUAUGUGACUACUGGAUAUACCCAAAACCAUUAAUAUUCAUUCUGUGCCCUACCAAAUACCCAUUUGAUUGUCCUUUCACAUUAUGGUGUUAAAACCAUGCAAUCUGUCACUGUUUGUUAAAUUUUCACAAAGGUAAUAGCUGUACAUGCGUUUUGAUUUAUGUGUUCCUAUGCAGUGCAUGCAGGUCAAAAAAACAAACAAUAUAAUCAGGUUUUGAAUUAACUCAACAGUAUACGAGUUACAAGAUCACUCAAGGUCAGUGUAGGUAGUUGAUGGGACAAAUUCAGAAGCUAUUUGGACAGGGUCAAUGUAUUCAAUGAUCAACAAGAAUCGAUCUUAAGCUUUCUGAUAUUCUAGUGACAAAUACAUAGAUUGACUAAUAUAUUUCCCUUAAAGUGUAUCCACCUCUGAUAUUGAUUGAGUUUCCCCAUAAUGCAGUGCUCGAUAUUUCACACCAUAUUAUGCGCAUGUGGUUGGAUACGUACAGGAGUUUGGGAUGGUGGCGUCUAUUGUGUAAAAAAGGUGGUGAUUAAUUAUUUGUUUUCUAUGUAGAUUAGAUGAAUUUAUAUUUAAGAAAGGAAAAAUUAAGUAAAAAGUAAAUAAAAUCUUAUGAAAGAUUGAUUUCCUAUUGCAUGUAGAUUGCAUUUUUGGCUAGAUUUAAGCAUAAAAUAUUUCUCAUUGCUGGUUUUCUUUAAAUGUAACAAUCCUGAAUUUUCAUUCAAGUACACAUGAUCUUAUGUUGAUCACUGUAGUUGAUAUAGUUCUGAAUUGAUGUUACUGGGAAAAAUAAAUCUGCUGUAUGUGCACAGAUCUCAAGUUAAAAUGAUUUAUGUUACGAUAUUGUGGGGGUACCCAACUUUGGCCUUCCUGUUGAUUUGGAUAAUGCAUGAUUUAUCAGCCCUGGGAUACGACAUAAACAUUAUGUGGUGUCAUUGCAGCUGAUCAGAGCAAAUUGCAAUCCUUAAUUUACUUUUUAAACACAUUCCCUAAAUUUUACUUCCAGGUGAAAGGCUGCUUGACCUUCUUAGUAACAUGGAUGACAACAGGUCAACAUAUUAAAUAGAUGUUUCAACACAUUUACUCAGGUGGCUCUUAGUGUUUAAAUAUUUUAAAGGAACACUAUAGGAAUACAAAUGUAUAUUCCUGACACUAUAGUUCUAUUAGUACCAUUUAGAUCACUGGCCCCUGCUGUCCCCCAUUAAAAAGGUGAUUUACUUACCUUUUUCCAGUGCAGCACUUGUGUCUUUGUGGCUAGCCCCGCCCCCUUAGCUGAGAGUCUCAGGUUUGGAAAGCAUUGGGAGGCUAUUGCGCAUGCACAGCUAAAGACUGCGCUGCACCAAUCAGCAUCUCCUCAUAGAGAUGUAUUAAAUCAAUGCACCGCUAUGGGGAGCGUUUGAUGCCACCAUGCAAAACGUGGAGAUAGUGCAGCACUGACCCAGUAAGCAUAUCUAGUGGCUGUCUGAAUGACAUCCACAAGCGGUAUUACUAGGCAGUAAUAUAAAUGCUGCCUUUUCUCUGAAAUGGCAGUGCUUAUAUUAAAGGAGAACUAUAGGGUCAGGAACACAAACAUCUAUUUCUGACCCUAUAGUGUUAAAACCGCCAUCUAGCUCCUCCUGGGCCUCUCUUGCCUCCCUAAAUACAGUAAAAUCUUACUUGUAUUCAAGCCUGAAGAUGCUGGCUCUGCCCCUGUCUGCCUCAAAAUAGCAAGCUGACAUCAUCAGAAGUGUUGUUCUGAGCCAAUCACAAUGCUUCCCCAUAUGAUUGGCUGAGACUGUGAAGGAGGCAGAUCAGGAGCAGAGCCAGCACAAGUCAAACACAUCCAUGGCCAAUCAGCAUCUCCUCAGAGGGAGGAGAUACUGAUAUGCUGUGAUGCACACUAGACAAAACUGAGAUAGGAAGCAGCUCUAGCAGCCAUUUGAGGAGUGGCCAGUGGAGUUAUCACUAGGCUGUAAUGUAAACACUGCAUUUUCUCUUGAUAAGACAGUGUUUACAGCAAAAAGCCUGAAGGGUAUGAUUCUACUCACCUGAACAAAUGCAAUAAGCUGUAGUUGUUAUGGUGACUAUAGUCAGGGAUGUAUUAGCCGCGAGGCAAACAAGGCAUUUCCUUUGGGCGUCAUUUUUCAGGGGGCGGCAAAAAACGCCGCCCCCAAAUGUCCAGGCAAAUGCCUAGUUAGCCUUGGGGCUAACAGAAAUGCUGGGCGCUGGGCGGCGCUGGCUGAUGGUCGGGCGGCUGGCGAGGGAGCACUUCCCCUGAGCGAUGACGUCAUCUUCCGGCUCCCAGCCUCACUCUGCGGCGCGCGAGGGAGCUGAACAGACCGCUCAGAGGAAGAGCUCCUUCGCCAGCCGCCCGCCCAUUAGCCAGCCCGACCGGCAGCCACUGGACCACCAGGGAGAAAGAGUGUUAAUGUGAGUGAUUGUGUGUGUGUGUUUGUGUCUGACUGUGUGUGUGUGUGUCUGACUGUGUGUUUAUGUCUGACUGUGUGUGUGUUUGUGUCUGACUGUGUGUGUGUGUGUGUCUGACUGUGUGUUUGUGUGUGUUUGUGUCUGACUGUGUGUGUGUUUGUGUCUGACUGUGUAUGUGUGUGUUUGUGUCUGAGUGGGUGUGUGUGUCUGACUGUGUGUGUGUUUGUGUCUGACUGUGUGUGUGUGUCUGACCGUGUGUGUGUGUUUGUGUGUGUCUGACUGUGUGUGUGUUUGUGUCUGACUGUGUGUGUAUGUCUGACUGUGUGUCUGACUGUGGGUGUGUUUGUGUGUGUAUUUAGAAGGUGGGGCGGGUGGGGGGUGCCUGAUUUUUGUCCUGCCUAGAGCAGCACAAAACCAGGAUACACCACUGAUUAUAGUGUCCCUUUAAAAAGCCUAUAAAGACAUACUAUACACACCAGAACAACAAGAUUAAGCUGUAAUUUUUCUGUUGACUAUAGUGUUCCUUUUAGUUAAAAUCUUUAUGAGUGUAGCGGAGCUGAAAUAUUAAAUCCCAAGAUAUCCGCUGGUAUAGAAGGUAAUCCAAAGUAAAGCACUGGAAAAGAAGGCAAUUUCCCAAAUCCCCCAGUAACCGGACGAAACACAGUUCAGGGAGUCAACUGACAAUUUUAUUCACAGCUCCAGGAGUCAACUGACAAUUUUAUUCACGGCUCCAGGAGUCAACUGACAAUUUUAUUCACGGCUGUUAGCCUAUGCAUGCUCUCUAUUCUAAAACACACGAAUACAUUUUUACACCAGGUUAACACAGCUAUUUCAGACAACCUUUAAAUGUUCUGCAAUAUGACCUAAAGUGGCUAGGUUUGCCACAAUGAGGACCAACUCUAAUCUACCAAUGGAUUUAAUUAUGCACAAACCUUUCUUAGAUCUCUCUUUCCAAGGGGCUCCGUUCUUUAAGAUUUUGUUUUAGCGUACAUAUAUGGUAUAGUAAUAAAUAUAUUAACUCUGCACAUGUUCACUUUUCAAAACUGUGUGUUUAACACAGAUGUGAUGGCACAAUAUCAGUUUCUACCUAUUCACUUGACACAGAUUGCUGCAGAUGUUUUGCAUACCUUCACUUUAAAGUAGUAGCACUCACUUGACCUCCAGCCUACAACAAAACUGAGCAGAGCUUAUACAAAAAUGAAGUUGGUUGGGGAGACUGAAGUAAACUGGAUUUGGUGGACUCAUAGAACAGUGUUUCCCAAACCAGUCCUCAAGACCCACCAACAGUCCAGGUUUUGUUAGUAUCUCCAUUGGAAUAAAACAGGGAAAUAUAUAACUCCUGGACUGUUGGUGGGCCAUGAAGACUGGUUUGGGAACCACUGUCAUAGAACACAGCUAUUCACCCAAGACAGAACGAUUAGUUUUCGCCUGCAAGGCAUAGUCAUGCAAUAAGAACAAGGUCAAGCAGCAGACAUUAGGGACAAUAAAGUGACAGACCAGCAGAGGGCAAAAAGACUCUACAUUGACCGUGACAACCACCAAUUCAUUCAAAUGUCACUCAACAACCGUAGGAUGAGAGAGAGACAGAGAGUGUGUGUGUUUAGACAAACAACAUGAACCUAACCUUAAACAGUAAGUGGAAAAUUACAUUCUUUUUAACAACACUUUACAAAUAUAAUCUGCGUAAUCACUGUAUUACACAUGCUUAAUACAUUGCUUAUUUCCAUCUGUUUGAAUUAUGUGUUUUUCUUUGUGAAGAGAGUAAAUGUAAGAACAGAAUAAUUUGUUUGGUACAAGUAAUAAAGCUUUUCCUUUACAUUUAUAGAGUCAUAGGACACAAACCAGAAGGCAAACGUCAAAAACGAAUGUGUCCUCUGAGCAGGAAAUGAUGCAGAUCAUAGGCCAUGAUGGAAACAUUCAUAAGAAGUCCUUAAAAGGGGAGGGAUUUCCUAUUUCCCAUGAGGUAAUGUAUUUGUUCUGUGCUGUGCUAUUUGCUGUCAAUGUACUUGCUGUCUUCUCAACAGCCAUUCAUUUAUCUCUCUUUGUACAGAGUGCAUUUACAGUUAGCAGGCCGGGCACACCUCGAUCCAUGGAUGCCUUUGAGUCGCUCAUUUCACUGGACCAGUUGCAGAGGCGUCUCAUGUAAGAUCCUCUAAUUAUAAACAAUAAUCCAGAAAAUAUUUAAUGAAGACUGAAAUGUAAAAGCUGCAAAGAGAACUAAUUCACCACUAGAAGGCAGCACAGCAAUGCUGUUCUUUAUAGAGAGAAAAUUAGCUUGUCUGUGAGCUUGCAAGAAUUAUGGGCUCAGAGAUGGUGUCCAUUCACCUCUUCUGCAGCCCUAAACAUCAGUCAACCCUUCUAGAUAAGCUGUGUUGUGCUGAUGGCAAUAUCUUGGAGUAUAGAGUAAUCCAAAAGUCAGGAACCAUCCAAAUACUUUUAAGUAGUUUAAUAUCUGAUAAUAAAAAAAAGAUCAGACAUAGUCUCAGACAAGACUGAGACUACAUCUCAAGCUGUUACCACCACAAGUUAACCCCUUAAGGACACGACUUCUGGAAUAAAAGGGAAUCUUGACGGAAUAUUUCUGUCGUGGUCCUUAAGGGGUUAAGAUAUUAUUUGCGUUACUAACAAAACAAAAUAAACAAAACACCCUUUAUUAAAUACAAUAACAUUACAAUGCGAUACGCCACACUUGAUGAAAGAGGCAAAAACAAAAACACACACAAUGGUGAAAUAGUGCAUAGAACAGCGAACCAAAUGAUUAAAAGCGGAACCAAUAUGUCUCAGGUAUAUGAUAUUUUGAUAUUAAAAGGUUAAAGAAAACCUCAAUUAUACAAUUGAAAUCUACAGGUAUGUACCACUUAGGAUAUUGACAUGGUUGACAAAGGACGUGUUGACAAAGUUUGACAAAGGACGUGGAGCUUUUAUCAAGUUGCAUGUUAUACAGGUUCUACAUAAGGAAAAGUAGUCCGUACAUUUCAUUAUGUAUAACUUUUAAAAAAUGGGUCUGCACAUGGGGUCUGGAAAAACUAUAUACAUUUUUUUAAAGUGACAGCCACUUUAAGCAACUUACAAGUAUUUGGUUCCUAACUUUUGCUUACCCUGUAUAAGGUCAGUAAUGCAGAGAUCACUGUUAUUUUUAUCACUUGUUUAAUAUGAAGUAUUAAUUAUUUAAAGGUAUGUGGAAAGAGGAUUGGUAUGGGGACGAAUUUUGUACUGCUUAGAAUUUGUAUAGUUGAGUUGGAGAGGUGGUAUGCUAAUUAGCUUACAGUCACUAAGCAGAUUUAGAUAAUAAAAAUGGCUGAUUGGAAUCAAUCUAAUAAAAGGUGAACUUCAAACUGGGAUCAACCCAAAUGGAAAAAGAUUCCUAGGUCACUUCACAGUGAUAAUGAACAUCGGAAAAACUUGUAAAAAAAAAUAUAAUGUAAUUAAUUGAAAUUUGCAAGCGAUACAGCUACCCUAGCAUAGUACUAAUUAUGGAGUAAAUCUAUUUUACCCUGUGAGGACCAGGUUUUAUAUUUUAUUUGUUACAUCUUAUUAAUAACUAAUUUAAAUGUUCUACAUCAGAAUAUGGAUGACAUUAUUAAAAGUGAUCUCUUUCCAUUUGCUUUGUGAAUUGGCUAGUACAUUGCAAAGUGGGCUACAUGCAUGGCAUUGAGGGAACAUAUGGUUCCACAUAUAGUCAUUGAAGCUACUAUAAUUUUAGCUUUUAGCUCUGCUGAGGUCAGUCCCCCCCAUGCCAUAUUUGCAUCACAGCUGAACUUUAAUGUUAGCAUAAUGCUAUCAAAUCCUGUUUUAUUUAUUCUUCUCCAUGAGUCUGCUACACACGAGGAAGUCAUUGUUGUAAAUAUAAUUAGUUUUUACUUUAUGUACUUGGCAUCUACUUCUUUGUCCCAGACAUAUAACAAAACGUCACAGUGAUUAAUUAAGCAAUUGUAAUAUAUAUUUUUUUGGAAUGAUUAAUGUAGCUCACCAAGUGAGCAUUUUGUACUGACAUGACAUUUUUGUUCUGUUUUCAUUUUCCUUCAAUACGUUUUGCCCUUUUGUUCUGCGUAGGUCAGCAGAGCUGAGAGCACAGAACGCUGAAGAAAAGUCAGAGUUUUUGGAUGAGCAAUUGAAAGAAGCUUUACAAAAGAUACAAGAGUUUGAGAAAGUACAUUAUAAAGCUGAAAGCAGCGAGAAAACGGAGGGUAAGCUUGUAAUAUAGCCUAAAACCAGAGUAGGUGUCUUUUUAAACCUUCUACAUACUAGGCAAGAUUUACUGCCUUUACUUUGCAUACUAUCCUUACUUUUCUUGAUGUGAUUUAUAUAUCUGCAAGUACAUGCCUAACUGAUGCUCCCACCAGUGAGUACUGCCAGCCAGCCAGCCAGCAGCAAUGUGUGCAAUAAGCUAUGGUAUUUAGUGUGGGGCAGUGAACAUGCACCACUGCCUACUGGGGAUUCCUUCAUGUUUGUAUUAAUCAGUGGGUGAAUUUAAACCAUAUGCUGUUUCUCUGACAUUGUCUGUCAUGCUGUUCAGUAGAUCUACAUAUCUUCUUGAUCUAGAUAGUCCUCCAUUCUCUAUCCAAACAAUCUGAAUAUACCACAAUAAACAUAGGCACAUCAUUUUGUAUGUAAGAGAAUUAACUGCUUCCAGGAAUUAGGAUAGAAAGAAAAAUCUGUUCCACAACAGCUGUCUUGGCUACACAUUUCCUAAACACGUUAGGUUAUUGGAUAACCAGACUUUGUUUCCACAAAUCUCAGUAACGGAUGAUGUUCUUUAUUUUUUUUUCUAAGAUAUUGCAAGUCCUGUGCAAACUACAGAACAAACAUUCUCCACAACCCAGGUUAAAAGAAGACCAAAAUCAAGCAAAGUGAAACAGAAAUAAAUAUAACUCUUUUUUGUAAAUGAACUGUUAAUGUUUUUCCAGAGCAUUAUUUUUGAGUGUGAUUAGCCUCUUGCAUACACCAACUAUUGUACAGACUGGAAAUGAGUUCUGACAUUUUAUGAAUAGAAUAAUCGUUCAGGACAGAAAGCCUGUGUCCGUCAUUUUAAAAUGUUUAUAUAUAAAAAUAAACUCCAGGCUUCUUGGUGCAAUGUUCAGUUUACGCAAUCCAGUCAUGUCAUAGGCAUUUUCUAAAAAAAUCCACAUUUAUACCACAUUUGUCUCCAUCAGCUGCAAAUUAUGCAAUUUAAGGAUAAAAUUAAGAGUAAAGUAACUCACUUUUUCGAUUUUAUUAUAGCAUAUUCUUCCCAGCAUUAUUCCUGUAUAUGGGUUUGUCAGAUGCCAUGCAAAAAUGUGUAUCAACCCAUUUCACUGAACUAAAGUGAGAAUUCCAAAUUUAGUGAAUUUAAGGCCAAAGACGUCAAACUGGAAGCAUAGCUGACUUAAAGAAACUUUCAAUUUCAGCUACUUUUACCUCUAAAUUUGAAGUUCACUUUGAAGUCGUUUUAUCAAAUCUGUUAAUAUGUUUGUUUCCAAUGUUUUUAAUCAUGUUCAUCAAACACUUGUGAACAAGGACAGGUGAUUCAUAUCAAUUUAUAGUUACAAACAGGAAUCAAUAAAUUGUGUAUUGACAAGUAUGCAAAAAAAGUAAUACGAGGAAAAAACGUUUCAAAAUUGUAAAGCUACUUGCACAGCAAAUGACAGUAACUGGAAGACAGCUCCCUGAUCUUUUAAAGGCUCAACCAAUCAGGAGCCUCAUCUACGAGGUCUCAUUUUUGUCCCAUAAAUGCCUGUCUUGCAGAACUUAAUGGGAAAAGAAGUUUAGCUCCCAGAGUUCUACUGAACACUUAAACAAACGAUGAGUUAAGCUAUGGAAUAAGCUGAUAGCAGUCAUAGUUCAGCUUAUUCACAGGCUGUUCUCACUUUUGUGAACAGGACUGCGUGCAGUAAUUUUCUGAACUGCCAAUUGCGCCGUCCAUGGAGCAUACCUACAGCUGUAGCAAUUUUUUGCAAUUUGCUGCAGUAAUAUACCACCAGGGCAAGAGAGACAGGACACAGUGUACUCGUUGGUUAGAGUGAUCCUAUAAAGAGGUGCUGUCGUUGAAGAGAUCUCUAUACAACCACUGGUACACUGGUUGUGCUAAUCUUCCCCCCACGCCCCUCUAAUUUCCCUUAAAUUCGCUCAUCACUGCAUAUAGCACAUGCAUAAGUACGGCUCCGCUGAAGAAAAUCUCAAGUGCACAUGUGCUUGUGCAGAAUUUCUCCGUAGAUGCCCAAAGCAUCAUGGGGUUACCAUGUAGUUCACAAAGGCGUCAAGUGUAGCAGAGGUAAGUACAUUUUGUACUUUCCUCCUCUGCUUCCUUCACCCCCAUCAACCCUGCAAUAGUGUUUACUGGGGUGAAGGAAUGAAGAAUUGUCAGUUCUCUGGAAGUAACAGUUUCUCUUUAAAAAAUUUAUUCUAAGAUUUUUCAUUUAAGAUGAGCUUGGUAUCAUGGAAAAUGUAAGUUAUGUUAUUUUUUAGAAGUGCAGCUUUGGUGUCUUGUUGAUAUUAUUUUAACAGGAAAAGUACAGCCAUUAUUGUAUGUGCACAGCAGCAGUAAAGGUAACUUUUGUUUGCUGAAUUCAAAUUAUUAUAAUAUAGACCAUUUGAGGACUGAAUUCUACUACAGGAGAUAAGCGUAGCUGUGGUAACUGAUAACUACUCUUUCCAAUGACGUCUAUGAAAAAAUUGUUAUUCACCUGCAAGAAAUAUGCUUAUCUCUUACAUUUUGCACAUUUUGGGGGAAGGUAGGCAUUGUUAAUGUAAUAACCUUUCCAAAGGCUGAAUAAACACUUGUACCAUUGCAGACUUUAAUUAUAACCAAAUCUCAACCAUAUACCAUAACCUUUAUUUGUUCAAGAUGGCAUUGCAAAAUAAAUAAUCCCAAUCCAUCCUUUAGACAGAAGACACAAACAUGAUUUUGUAGUAUUUAACUGCAUAUAUCUGAGUAAAGUAUUAUUUUAAUACAUUUAAAGCAUUGGAGAGUCAUUCUUUUUGCCUUGUUCAGCUUCAGUAUCUGACUUGGGUGGGUUUGAAGUUCCGCUGCUUUCUUGCAGUUUUGACAUAGGGUUUAAGUUCAUCAGAUCAAAAGGCAAAGGUAAAAAGAAGGUAGGUGGUCUCUCAGAUGUCAUGCAUUGCAGCGUGUGAAGGUAUCGGAGCUGAAUGGCUGUAGGGGAUCCAGCUAAGGUUUCAGCUGCCAAUUUCAGAGACUCAGACACAGCUUUUUCAUUUUCUGCAGCAAUUACCU